CUUAGCUCUAUGGGCGCAGAGUGGGAGCCGCUCUAUGUCGACAUCUCUAUGGUGGAUCCCAUGCUUCGGAUCCCGUUCGUUUGGAUGGCGGAUGUGCCGAUGGAGGACUGAGGGAGUCCGCUCUAUCGGUACUGAGAGCAGCAAAAGUUCUUCCUGUUUACAGCUUUCGACUGGAAAUGACUCAAGCGAGGCAGCAGCCUCGUACCGGUGAAUGGUGGCAGACUGAGAUCAGGCGGAGCGGAGUCCAGGUACAGAAUCUGCAUUAGAUUUCAUUUAAACUUGUGUUAAAUAUAUAUAUAAUAAUAACAACUCAUAAAUACAAACAUACACACCCCGAGCACCAGCCUUUAGACUGCAGUCCCUGUGCAUCCUUACCUAGGAGCAAGGUCCGCGGAACUCAGCGAGACUUGCUACUGAGUAAGAGCGCGAAGGGGUCAGUUGCUCGUGUGGUCAAGUGCCUGCUCUAAGACAUUUGCAAAUAAAUGUGUUAUCGGUUGUCAGAAGAAGGCAACGGCGUUAUUUAGCUAAAGAAAACAGGAGUCCGCCUCUUUCUUGUUCUCUCCUCAGAUCUCAAGUUAAAAGAGAUCUGCGGGAUUUUGGUAGCGCAACAGAGGUUUUUAAAAAAUCGCUCCUUUAUUUGGAUGGGUGAAGGAAAAGAAUCCAAGUUUGAAAUCUCAAGUUCUGUUUGUGGUAAAUGCUCCACAAUAGCGACAACGUCAGCCUGUUCGUGCUGAUGAGCUUUAAAGAUUUAUCAAGGGAACUGAAAACUCUGUGUAGCCAGAAGUUAAGAAUCUUUUAAGUCCCACUAAUUUCGGGAGAAUAUUAAAUAUAUCCCACGCUGCCCCAUUGAAAUAAAUGGAACUUAAGCAUCUUUUGUUUGGAUAAUCGUCCUCUAACAAGGCUGGUUUGGUUCUUCUCGCUGCCAGUUCCAUAGAUGCUUUACCCCACUGCAGGGUCUUUGUACCCAGAAAUAAGCUUUGCCCCCCCCCCCCCGAUCUUCAACUGCUGCCGCUCUGCAUGUUUUGGGGAACAAAACUCUGUAUGAGUUCAUGCCUGAAAUGCAUUGUAAGGAAUAGGUUUUAAAAGCUUUGACAUGCAUGUUCAGACAGCAUUACAACACCUCCCUCUUGUCAGUAGGAUAUGGUUUGAAGUAGCUCAAAACGGGUGGGGUGUGGGGUGGCCAAGAGCCCAUUUCCUUAUUUGUAAGUGGAUAGACAAGGAUAGGCAAGAAGGAAGCUUUGGAGCAGAUGGUAGAAUUCUGGAAGGGGUAGCAGAAGUGUAUGAUUUGUGUGGACCAGGCUUUAUCUUGGGGUGUAAAGGCUUAAUUCCUGUGAGCUGGCUUGGUGGCACAGGGUAAAAGUGUCCCUCUGCCCACCCCCACCCCCCCAAAAAAAGAUGGGAGAUCUUUUAGGGACAGUCUUCCAGCCAAGGGAAUAUAUGAUAUGGGCAGGGGUGAGCAUUUGUUUUUGGUCAAAGGCUACAUUAUAUCAAGAGUAAUCUGGCUCCUACAGAUUAGAAUUUCUGAUUCUAUGCAGGUUUGCUCAGAAUUAAGCCCUAUUGUGCUUGAGGAGGUUACCCUCAAGUAUACAGAGAAUUUUGUUUAAAAUAUGUACAAAAAAGCAGAGCAGCUACUAUUCUGGAAAUCAAGUAAAAAUAAUUCCAUGUUGUCUUUAGUGUGUUGCACAUACAAAUUAUUCAUUUAUGCAAAUAAUUAUGAAUCACCUUUCACUCCAGAAGGGGGCACCAAGGUAAUUUAAAAUUUGCAGAUGCCUACCAAUUUGUUUUCAGGCACCUAUUGGUUUGGAGGGAUAUUUCUCCCAAAGCCAUACAGCUAUGGAAAGAGUUUUUUUAAAUAUUUUAAUCAAAUAAAAUACUGUUAUUUCCAAUUGUUCUGAAGCUAUAUAGAAAGAGAGCGAAAGCACUGUUAAGUAUAAAAUUACAGGGGAAAUAGACGGACAAGUCUUUGAUGGGGUGGGAAGCAUGGGGCAGUUUUAGAUGGCAUCAGGGUCGCCUGCCUGUGAUUUAGGGUGUUCCAAAGCUUAUUUUGAAGAGCAGAUAUUUGCAGAUGUGUUUAUUCAGAUUGCUUACACACAUCCAGUGUUGAACCAAGCAGCAACUUCCUCUUUUAUUUGAAACAACUGAGAUUUUGAGAUUUUUCGAACUCAGAUGUUGACCUCCGUUUUAUGGAUUAUGUCAGUUAAACUUUCAGAUACUAUUGUGAAGAUUAAGUACUAACAUACUUAACAUAGUAGUUGACAGAGGAUUAGAAUGUAUUCAAAGUGAACAUUAUUAAAUGGAAAUCAGGCAUGGGUGUAAUCAAAAACAGACCCACAGGACACUGCUAGCAAGCUUUGAACUUGCAACUCCAAAAUAACACUACGCCUCCUCUCAAUGAGAUUUUCCAGAAAAAACCCCACUACUAUCAUUUUUAUAGCUUUAUACAAUCAGCUCAAGAUCAUGUAGCUUCCUCAAUUCUGUGACCGGUAAACAUCAGCACCAGUAUUUGCAUUGUAAUCUUUUAACUUCCCAUGACUCUGAUUUUUCUACUAAUUGAAUCAGCUAGUUUCUGGGGGAAGGGUUUCUUAUCAGUUAAAAACAUGCUGGACCUUCUCUGGAACAUGGAUUUCUAUUUCCAGUCUUCCACUUCUCCUGUAAAAACAAUACACUGACACCUAACCUCUCCUGAUAGUAUGUUAAAUCUUCCACACUGUUUUUCAGUCUUUGUCACACUUGAACAUUUACUACUUAGGCUACGAUCCUGUGCACUCUUGCCUAGGUGCCACUGAUCUUCGUGUGACCUACUUCUGUGUAAUCAUGCACAGCAUUGUUCGUCCAGAACUCCUGUGGUUUAAUUUUUGAAUGAAAAAUAAACCAGUGUAUUUUAAAGCCCUGCCAAUGGGGAACAAUCAUAUAAAUUGUUCAUUUAAAGCAGGCAUGGGGAAUCUCAGGCCUUCUAGUUGUUGCUGGACUUCCAGUUUACAUCAGCCCCAGGCAGCCUAGCCAAUGGUCGGGAUAAUGGGGUUUGUAAUCCAACUCCUUUUGGUGGACUACAGUUUCUCCACCCCCAAUUUAAAGCAUUUAGCCAAAGAAAUGUCAAAACAUAAAUCUUAGAUGCUUAUUGAAAGGUUAUCUAUGCUACAGUUAGGCAAUUUUAGACUCAGAGCUUAAUAAACUUAAGGGAGGUCCUGUCUUCCUGAAGAAAUAAUAUUUUGAGGAAAUGUAGUGAUGAUCACUUGCAGUAAUUUAACUUAUUUCACUUUCUUUAAGGUUAUAAUAAUUUACUGCAUUUGGUAGAAGAUCGUUCUCCAGAUAUGGAAGAAGAUACUAGUCCUCUUCUGGUCCCUGUUGGAGGUGAUGAAAAUGACAUUGGAGCCCUCAAUAUUCAGUUUAACCCAGAAGACUUUAAAUACAAAAGGUGAGAGGAAAUAAAUACUUAAGAUCUCUUUUACUGCUGUUCACUAGUAUUUUUGGUCUGGCUUCAUAUUUUCUUCAUUUUGAUGCUACUUCCUGCAAUUUGUCCUCCAGCUCAGUAACCUCUUAACUUGAGUGUUACUUGUAGAAUGGCUAUAACAGUUGUGUUGCAUCAGGGUAUCUGCUGGAUUUAGGUAAAAUGUAUUAUGAUUUGAACUGAAUAGGUGUCUUGCUGCUGUCCUCUGUAAUCUGAAUGAGUUCCUGAGUUUCCCACAUGCCGUAGCAGUAGCAUUGAUUGGGAAAAAGUCGAAAGGCAUGUUUGAGUAUUUGCCUGACGACACAAAUGCUAAACUUGUCCAUAGAGACGGGGGCAAGCUCCAUCUCCCAUUACGAUAAUCUUUACUGUCUCUGUCCCAUAUAGAACAAUGAAACUGAAAAAAAUCUACACCAGACAUUCAAAAAACAACAAGCCUGAUAUCCCAGCUAUCCCAGCCUGGUUAGCCCCCUAAAAACUCUGAUACCCCAUAAUUAAAUACAAUAUACUGCCACAAAGACUACCUUACACUGUGUUUAAAACCAAAAUCACAUUUGGAUAGAAACGGCUAGUACUAGUCUUUAUAACCCUGUACCUUCUUCCAGAAGGCAGAAGCUGAAAAAGAUCAUUUUCCUGGUAUAUGUUUCCUGAUUGCUCAGUCCGGCAGGAGUACUUUGAGCAAGAGAGGUCUGCAGGGUUUUGUUUUUUACUCUCAUUCACCUGAACAUGAGUAAAACCCUUUGUGUUAUCAGUGAUCCUGACAAAGCAGGCUCCCCUGAUCUACUCACAUUCAAGCAAAACUCCCCCAUGGACCUUUAUUGCUCAACACAGACAAGGUCAGGGGAUGGGGCUUGCAUGCGUUCCCUCACCCCUUACACAAAUUCAGGCAAACACGCCUAAAGCUUAGGAGCAUUGAACAUGCCUUUAAGUUAAGUGGCAUUGUGUUCUGUUCCAAUCACAGCUUGCAGAUGCAAUUUGCAAAGCGCAAUAUCAAGGCUUGUUGACCCUUCACAGGGUCAAGCUCCACAAAGAAGACUUUGCAAUCAGCUGUGAUUUGGGGUGGCUUGAUGCAAAGAGAAGGCAGUGCUCCUGCACUUUCAAUUGUUGUGUAGAAGAGGGAAUUUAGGCGGGUGUAGCUUGUCACAAGACCUGAUAAAUUAUGUGUGUGAAUCAGCUCUAAAAAGCAGUAGAGGUGGGGAAUAUAAUUUUGCAGUAAUAAUUAGUUAGCAGUGUGUUUUUGGAAAGUUUGGAAGCUUGUGGCCCACCAGUUUAUACUUUUUUGAGAAUACUUGUUCUUGUAGCCUUAGAUUGAUGUGUGCUUGGGGGAUAAUUUGCUAUAUGUUAAAAGAGCAUACAGUCGGGUAAUAGAAGUCUGCAUGCGAGCCACUUAGUGCUGUCUCAGUUUGGGAGGUCUUCAAGGUAAUGUUUAAUCCAUAUUGUUCAAAUGUUGAUUCUGUUCCCUUGGUUUCCUUAGGUAGAAGCUGCUCGAGUAUAUGUAAAUUGCCGUUUUGGGGGACAGUUUCAUUGGUAUUUAGUUAGCUGGCGUGACACUGUUGUGGCUAAAAGAAAAAAAAGUGUGUGGUUUUUGUGGUUCUUUCCUUCCAUAAUUGAUCAGUAUCUUUGUGCUUAUGAUGUGGUUCCAUGCAACAAAUUAUACAGAGCAAGUGAGAUUGUAUCUUUUCAAAUAGGCCAAUUGAUUUCUAAACAUAUGAGUCAACUCUUGUACUCUUUGUGUCUUUUAAAAAAUUAUUAUGAUUUUGAAUUUGAUUUGUAAGCGAUGUUGAGGUUUUCAGUCAGUGUUGCUAUUUUUUAGGCAGGCUUCAAGCCUAGCCACCUCCCUGUAAUUUUUCUGUAUGGAGGAAAUCUUUUCAUACAGAGCCUGUGAAAGCUUAGGCCUUAGUAAAUUUGUUAGGUGCUACAGAACUCUGUUAUAUUUGUAUGAAGGGAAUAGUCAGCCAUGUGAACCCCAUCUGCAUUCCCUCUAUAUAAGCAGGUGGCUGAGAGUCCACCUGGAUCCAGCAUUGCUGCUGGAGGUGUAAGUGACCUCUGCAGCUAAGAGUGUCUUUUACUAGCUUUUACACUUGAGAGCCAGUGUGGUGUAGUGGUUAAGAGCAGUAGACUCGUAAUCUGGGGAACCGGGUUCAUGUCCCCGCUCCUCCACAUGCAGCUGCUGGGUGAGCUUGGGCCAGUCACACUUCUUGAAGUCUCUCAGCCCCACUCACCUCACAGAGUGUUUGUUGUGGGGGAGGAAGGGAAAGGAGAAUGUUAGCCACUUUGAGACUCCUUCGGGUAGUGAUAAAGCGGGAUAUCAAAUCCAAACUCCUCUUCUUCUUCUUUAGCUGGUACACCAGCUGUAGUCAUUCCAGGCCAUGGAUAGUCUGGCUAUAAUGACUCAUGCAUUGGAUUACUGCAAUGUGCUGUAUGAGGGGCUGCCCUCAAAGCUGCUUUGGAAGUUGCAGCUAGUACAGAAUGUGGCAGCUAGAUUGCUGAGCAGGAGAGAAUUUGCAGUAGGAGAGUGUUUCAUGAUCAUACAACAUCAAUUUUGAUGGGACUGCUCUGGCUGCCUGUGUGCUGGCAAGCAAAAUUUAAGGUGUUUUGUUAACCUAAAAGGCUCCAUUCAGCUUUAAGCAACUACUCUCCCAAACAGACCUGCUCACAAAUUGAGAUCUUCAGCAGAGGCCCUCCUAGUGGUACAGCAGCCAGCUAAGGUUCAUUAUGGCAUCAGCUUGAGCUUUCUUUGUGAUGACACCUAAAUUGUGCUUCCAGUAGUAAAGGCAGUGUACUGGGGGACAUGAGCAAGAAAAUGCUACUUUACUCAUGUCUGACUCAUAGGCUUUUGAUAAGCAUCUGGUUGGACAUUGUGGGAACCAAAUGCUGGACUGUUUUGUUCUAUUAUCAACCUCUAAUGUUAGUCUUAAGUUGAUUAUGGCUUUAAAGACUAUUACGUUUUUUAUUUCUCUUCCAGGCCAUUCCAUAUAGAACCUACAAAUAUUGUUACUGUGAAUGAUGAUACGCAGAGAAUUACAGAUGAAGCUUCAGCAAUGAAUAAGCGGAUUCAUUACUACAGCAGGCUCGCGUCGCCCUCAGAUAGAGCACUGGUAAGCAAAAGACAAGUUAUUGCAAAACUCCCAGGUGUGGGAGCGCCAAACAAACUAUGAGGUGUAACCAAGGUUUGCUCGUCUUACCACUCGUGGCUUGUUUGGCCAAGACAAACCCCAAGUUCAGGUUCACAUAAAACACUAAGCUGGAGUAAGUCCCAGUACUUAGUCCCCAGUUGUGCAGCAGAAUGGGGAGAGAAGCGAAGAGGCAGCAGCUUUUGUAACUGUACAUCAGCCCACUUACUCAUUCACACUUAACCAUGGUUUGGCUUAUCACUGGGCUGAUUAACACCAUCCAUUCAAAGCACAUGGUGUCCUCCCCCAAAAAUAAUUAUGGGGACUGUAGUUCAAGACUGCUGUGAAUUGUAGUUCUGUGAGGGGGUAAACUACAGUACCCAAGCUGCUUUAGGAGAAACCAUGUACCUUAAUUGUAUAAUAUGGGAAUGAGUCAAUUGUCUCAUUAAAUUUUAUAGCUUGGGCUACCAUAUUACACUCGCUCACCUAGGAGUAAGCUCCAUUUAAUUCAUUUGGAUUUUACUUUUAGGAUUGUAAGUGUUGGACAGCAGACAUGGGCACUUAACAUUUCUCUUUUUUUCUUUAUUUUACUUUUGCCACGUUUUCCCCCCUUUCAGUUUUUAAAAGCUCCCCUCCCACACAACAUACAAGCUCAAAUAUUAAAUAACAUUUGCACUGUUGCAUUUCAAGUAAGCUCUGUUGAACUCAAUGGGCAGAACUUGCUUAAUACUGGGAUUGGAGUGCCUUCUUGAAUUCUUCUGCAAAUGCAGGAGUACUGUAUUGCAGCACCAGAGACUUACACUGUCACUAAGGCCUUGUGUUCUCAUCUUUUGUUAGGUGGCUCCUGAUCACGUACUUCCUGCUCCAGAAGAAAUCUACGUGUAUAGUCCAUUAGGAACGGCUUACAAAAUAGAUGGCUGUACGGAUGGUUACGGCAAAAACUCAAGCAUAGUAACUAUGUAUGUGAAAUGCUUUCCAAGCAUGGUAGAUAUGAAGUACAUUAUCUGUCACAAAUUCAUAAUACGUAGAAAAAGCUUCCGCAAUCAGUUUUAGUUUCUCAUAUUUUUACGUGUGCAUGUUUUCUCCCCUCAGAUUUAUGAUCUGGAAUACAAUGAUGGGUACAUCUAUAUUAAGUAUUCCCUGGGGAAUAAAACAGGUAAGGCAACCUUCAGGUGUGUCAAGGUCAAUCUUAAUGCAGCAAUGUGUGGGUGUAAUUUAAUUUGCAUCAAUGUCACAAUAUGCUAAUGCUUUUUUUUUCAUUUUAAAAAACAGGCUGGAUUUACCUCUGGAAUCGUUAUUAUUUUGUUAAUGGGAGUAUUGACACUUUACUGUUGCUACAGAGUUGUGAAAUCAAGGACAAUGAUACGUAAGUAUGAGUUUCAGUAGUAUUUAUUUGUGUGAUUGUGGUGUUCUGCUACAGGGACUUAUUUCCACAUUGACUUUUGCAGUGUAGGCAGUGGGACAUGUUCUAUAGAGCAUGCUCAGUUCUCAUGAUGCACCGAUACUAGACCUAUUUUGCCUAGGUGUGUAUACCUGAAACUGUGCAUUAAAGCACCCAAUUCCAUUGUGGCUAUACACAGCCAGAGAAGACUGAUCACUGCUUCUAGUGCUCUUUCAAUAAGGGAAACAUUCCUGAUAUCCUGGAGUAGCUCUUAAACAGGCUUGGCAUUGGCAUAUGACCCUCUUGGACAGCUGCUGGCUUCUCAGCAGGGCCCACCAUCAAUUCACUAGAACCUGCCCUUGGUAUCCUCUCUGGGAGCCACCAUCUUAAUAUAUUGCUGCGCCCAGGAGUUGAAGACAUUGUAGUUCUACAAUACUCAUACUUACGGGACCGCCUCUCCUGGUAUGUCCUGCAGAGGACCCUAAGGUCCAUGAAUAAUAAUAGCUUAAAGGUCACGGGCCCUAACGAAGCCAGGCUAGCCUCCACCAGGGCCAGGGCUUUUUCAGUGAUGGCUCCGACGUGGUGGAAUGCUCUGUCCCACGAGACUAGGGCCCUGCAGGACUUGAUCUCCUUCCGCUGGGCCUGUAAGACAGAGCUAUUCUGCCUGGCCUUCAAUUUGAAUUAGCCUGAUCCUCUAUUCCCCUUUCUCUUUCCAAGUCUAUGCCCCUUCUGGGACACCACAUUUAAAUUCUUCCCUGGUCUCCUUGCUGGCCCUAGUAGGAUCACCAGUUAGCCCUGGUGAUCAUUUGAUGUCUACUGACUGGUGUCCCCCCCCGCCAAUGACCCCUGAAGUUUUGAAUUUUAUUGAUAUUGAUGCUGCAUUUUUUGUUGUAUUUUAUGCUGUUUUAUGUUGUUUUUAAGUUGCAUUCUAAUCAAUAUUUUAUAUUUGCUGUUAGCCGCCCUGAGCCAAGUUUUUAAACCAAGAAGGGCGGGGUAUUAAAAAAAAAAAUUUAUUUAUAAAAUAGUGACCCUAAGCUGCUCCUGCCUGUUGUAGGAUGGGUUCCAUCAGACAGAGAUUACUGAGAACUCCUUUUCAUCAGGAGCAGUUCAAGCUGAAUCUGCAAGCAAGCUAUUAACCUUUUGCUAUAAAUGGCAAUGAAUAAGGGCUACUGUACAUGAGUAGGCUGUGUGUCAGGGACGUAGGAGUCUAAUGCAACAGUGAGGUACCUUUGGCGCUACAGUGGUACCUCAGGUUACAUACGCUUCAGGUUACAGACUCUGCUAACCCAGAAAUAGUACCUCGGGUUAAGAACUUUGCUUCAGGAUGAGAACAGAAAUCGUGCUCCGGAGGCGUGGCGGCAGCGGGAGGCCCCAUUAGCUAAAGUGGUGCUUCAGGUUAAGAACAGUUUCAGCUUAAAAACAGAGCUCUGGAACGAAUUAAGUACUUAACCCGAGGUACCACUGUAUAGUUGUUACUGGGCUCCAAUUCCCAUCAACACCAGCCAGCAUUGUCAAUGGCUAGGGUUGAUGGGAAUUGUAGUCCAGCAAUGUUUGGAAGCCCACAGGUUCCCCAAUUGUGGUUUCGUAGAUCUACGCAGAGUCACAUUUCCUGUAACACUGGCCAAAGGUUUUUGGUUUCCCUUUUCUGUCACAUACUGCAGUGACAGGAAAAGCCACAACUGAUCUCACUGUUGUAUCUGGCCCCCAUAUUACUGUUAGUUCCUUACUGUUACUUUUUAAAGGUAUCGCCUCCCUCUUGUGCGUGGGUGCACCGUUUUUACUACGAAAGGAUCCCCAAUCAGAGAAUUAGGGUUGUAUCCAUGAGUAACUUAGGUCCAUUAAUUCCAGUACUAUGCCUGCUCAUCAGUUGGAUACACUCAUCGAGUUUGCUAUUGAUACAUAGCUUUAACUUAAUGCAAUGAUUACUAGGUCUCUGGCGCUUAAUAAUUAUUAACUUAGCAGAAAUCUGACUUCAUGUUUUUCUGUGCCAUUCCUGCAACCUUCACUUGGCAAUCCUACGCACAGCCCACCCAAUAUCUUAAAAUUUAUAAAGCCCAUCUAUACACAAGGUUCAGUUCAGUGCUGUGCCUUUUCUGGGGCCUUUUCCAGGCAAAAUUUUCCCACCAGAGGAACCAAUUAAGAACAAUAAACAUCUAGUCUGGCAUCUAUUCUCACCAUGGGCAAACAGAUGCUUGUGGGAAGCCUGCAAACUGACCAUGAGCACAACAGUGCACUGCCCACCUGCGAUUUCCAGCAGCUGGUACUUGGAGGGACAUUACUCAUCUCCCUUGUUUUGAGAAGGCAAGUGAAAACAUGCCUUCUAAUACGUUAGCAACCCUUCUUCUGUUUGCUGCUUGGUGGUUGCUUUAAAUGCUAUAAUUGUAUUUUAGCUAUUUUUGUUGCUGUUUUAAAAACGUAAGCUACCUUUAUUUUUGCAAAUAACUUUAAAAGCAAUAGGCUUUUAUUUCACUUUGUUAGGAUGUUCAGCAUCAGUUGUUGAGAAUCUGUGGUAUCUUAAUGUUUAGGAAUCUUCAGAAUGCAAAGUAUGUGUAAGCAGUAAUGAUUAGAUUAUUGAACUUUAGUAUUAACUCUGUGCUUAUGUGUCCCCCCAGCUUUAAUAGAUACCUCAACUUGGGAAUUCCCAGAUGUUUGCAAGUAUUACUUUGGAUCAUUCGGUCAAUGGUCUAGCCUUUUGUUUUCGUUGGUAUCCCUUAUUGGAGCCAUGGUGGUUUACUGGGUCCUCAUGUCCAAUUUCCUUUACAACACAGGGAAAUUUAUUUAUAGUAAGUGUGAACUUUUCUUUUAAUUCCUUGCAGCUGGGCUUGGUUUUUCCUACCUGGCAAAUAAGACGUAAUAGUUCAUAGCAGAACUCAUGGCUGCAUCUGUUAAAAGCCGUUUUGGUCUAUGUUUCAGUGUGUGUAAUUAUGUGAGUGUUUAUUGCAAGCCACUUUGGACACCGUCUGCUGUAGAAAAGUGGCAUAUACAUAAAAUAACUUGCAGUGCAAUCCUGCACAUGUCUUCUCAGGAGGAAGACGACUUAUAAGUUUUCUUAUUAUUAUUUUUUGUACUGGCCUUGCUUGCACGUCGCUUUGAACAACAGCUGCCACAUUGCCAGGUGCUUGCUAUGAUUUGGCUUAGCAUUGUGUCUGAAACCAGACUUGUGCUUUGUUUCUCUCCAAACAAAGCAUGAGUGGGCCAAGAACAUAAUCUGGUUGUAGCUCAUGGUUUGUCUGAAGAGAGACAAACCAUGAGCCCAGGUUUGGAUGUAACGCUAAGCCAAGCCAUGCUUUACCUUGAAGUAGCAUGGCAUCAUGACAAAUGAAGCAGCUGCGAUUGUUUUCCUGUGCCCCAGAAUACUGUGCAUUCCCCUUUAAAUCAUAGUUAAGGUUAACUGUGGUUUAAAACGACGUGCAAACCAAACCAUUGUUGUUGAUUUUUAUAAUCAUCCUGAGAAUAUGCUCAAAGGGCACUAUAAAAAUACUCUAAAUAAAUUUGCCCCUUAGAAAACCUGCUUAUAAAACUCAAAUAUCACACUGAAUAGACCAUUACAGUGUGCGUACUAAGAUCUCUGUGAGAAAACAAACUUUUCUCUGUAUAAACAAAUGGGCAAUAUUUGAAAUAAAUUGUUAUAGUAGUGCUCUUUAUUAAGGAUGCUGAUUCCUAGAAAGCUCUUCAGCAUUGAACAUUGUGGUGCCCUGGAACUAAUUUAAAUGUUAUGAAAGCAUGCAGGUCCUUAUAUUUUUUGGCCAUCUUUUGAGAUCUAGGCAUCAUUCUCGGGUGACCUUCCCCCACCUUGUGCUCUCCAGAUGUUUUGGGUUACAGACUGACUUGGGUUACAGUCCAAAACAUCUGAAGGGCAGCAGUUUGGGGAGGCUGUUCAAUGUUAACAUUUUAAUUUAAAUAUAUCUUACAUAUAUGCUUUUAUAUACAUCUUAAAUAUGUUUCCAUACUAUCUCAGAUGCAUCAUAGGAGUAUAUUUUGGAAGGCUGUUUAAAUGGGUUUGGUGUUUGCACUAAUCCUAAACAUGUAAGCAAAUCUUAAUUUGGCUUUUAGUAAAUCUGAGUAGGCAUAAUUGGCCUAUGUUUUAAAGUGGGCCACAGUCUUUCUUCAUUGUGGUAACAGCAGGUGUUUUAAGCUAUUUAUCCAGCAGAUGGCAAUGUAGUUCACUAAAAAAAAUUAGAGCAGGCUAAGUUGCAGAAUCACAGGGUUUUUCUUAAAAAAUCCUCCUUGGACUCUUGUAAGUAUCUUUAAAUAGAUUACAGUGGUGCCUCGCAAGACGAAAAGAAUCCGUUCCGCGAGUCUCUUCGUCUUGCGGGUUUUUUCGUCUUGCGAAGCAAGCCCAUUAGAGGUUUAGCGGCUUAACGCUACAGUAUUAGCGGCUUAGCCGGCUUAAAGAUCAGCUGAUAAGCGGCUUAACGAUCAGCUGAUAAGCGGCUUAACGAUCAGCUGAUAAGCGGCUUAGCAUCAGCUGUUAAGCGGCUUAAAGAUCAGCUGAUAAGCGGCUUAGCCAUCAGCUGAUAAGCGGUUUAGCGGCUUGGGAAAAAGGGGGGGAAAGGAAAAAAAACCCCGCAGGAACUCGCAAGACAUUUUCGUCUUGCGAAGCAAGCACAUAGGAAAUUCGUUUUGCGAAGCACCUCCAAAACGGAAAACCCUUUCGUCUAGCGGGUUUUCCGUCUUAUGAGGCAUUCGUCUUGCGGGGCACCACUGUACGCUGUUGUUGUUUUUUAAAAGUUCUUGCUGCCUAAUGAUCGCAGGGAUAUAUUCGACAAAGUAAUGACAAAAACACAAAAGAGUUUGGAACAGGCUUGCAAGUGAGCAGAGGUCUAGACAUAACCAGAGCCAGCAUUGCAGCGAGAUCAGGCUGCUGUCCAGGGCCACUGAUCUAGUGCAAACCUGAUAGAAAUUCCUUACUGCUUUCCUGAAACUUGGGAGACAAGCAAGGAAGGAUGAAUUGAGGGUAAUGGAACUGAAGCAAAUGACAUAUUCUUACGGGGGAAAGAGGCUCAUUGCCUGGACACAAUUUUACUCUGCAAAAUUUCUGGAUCUGGUAUUUUCAGAGUUCUUGUAAGCAUUACCGUAUUUUUCGCUCCAUUGGACGCACCGGACCAUAGGACGCACCGGAUCAUAGGAGGGGGAGAACAGGGAAAAAGAUUUUUUUUCUUAUUCUCCCCCUCCAAAACAAGGUGCGUUCAAGGUACAUUCACCAGAGCUUGUGGGGCUGGCGGUGGGGGGAAGCGCUGCUUUCCCCCACCGCCAGCCUCAAAGAUCCCUGAAGCCUUUGGAGCGCAGCGCCCCGCUGCCCUGCACAGGUUUGCGCGCAGCCGUCCCCAAGCUAGAGCAGUGAAACGGAGCCCUCCGUCUCGCUGUUCUGGCUUGGGAACAGCCUUGCUAGCUUCUGCAGGACAGCGGGGUGAAGGCACCCCGCUGCCCUGCAGAGGUUUGCGCGCAGCCGUCCCCAAGCUAGAGCAGCGAGACGGAGCCCUCCGUCUCGCUGUUCUGGCUUGGGAACAGCUGCUAGCUUCUGCAGGACAGCGGGGUGAAGGCACUCCGCUGCCCUGCAGAGGUUUGCGCACAGCCCUCCCCAAGCUAGAGCAGCGAGAUGGAGCCCUCCGUCUCGCUGUUCUGGCUUGGGAACAGCCUUGCUAGCUUCUGCAGGACAGCGGGGUGAAGGCACCCCGCUGCCCUGGAGAGGCUGUGCGCGCAGCCGUCCCCAAGCUAGAGCAGCGAGACGGAGCCCUCCGUCUCGCUGUUCUGGCUUGGGAACAGCCUUGCUAGCUUCUGCAGGACAGCGGGGUGAAGGCACCGUCUCGCUGCUCUAGCUUGGGGAGGGCUGCGCGCAAACCUCUGCAGGGCAGCGGGGUGCCUUCACCCCGCUGUCCUGCAGAAGCUAGCAAGGCUGUUCCCAAGCCAGAACAGCGAGACGGAGCGCUCCGCAGUGCUCCGUCUUCCUGUUCUGGCUUUGGGCUUAGCGGCGCAGCCUGCAUUCGCUCUAUAGGAAGCACACACAUUUCCCCUUAGUUUUUGGAGGGGGAAAUGUGCGUCCUAUAGAACGAAAAAUACGGUAAUUCUUUGGUUAGUUUAUAAUUUAAAAGUUGUAUUUGAUGUGAGACUUUAAUGUGGUAUUACAGUAUAAGGUUAAGGGAGAAGAGGUGGGGAGAGAGAAGGAGGGGUAGUAAACUUGCUACCGUAUUUUUCGCUCUAUAGGAUGCACCCAACCAUAAGACGCACCUAGUUUUAGAAGGGGAGAACAAGAAAAAAAAAAUUCCCUCCCUCUCUGCGCAGCGCCCCUUCAGCGAAGCGAAGCCAGGAGAACAAGAGGGAUCGGCGUGCACCCAUCCCUCUUGCUCUCCUGGCUUCAUUGAAAGUGACGCGAAGCCUCCGGAGUGCAGCGGGAGCUCCCGCUGCGCUCCGGAGGCUUCAGGCAGCUAUCCCUGAAGCCAGGAGAGCAAGGGGGUCGGUGUGCUGCGCUCCGGAGGCUUCGCGUUGCUUUCACUGAAGCCAUGGAGCCUGCAUUUGCUCCAUUAAGAUGCACACACAUUUCCCCUUAAUUUUUGGAGGGGGGAAAGUGUGUCUUAUAGAGCGAAAAAUAUGGUAGUUUCCAUUGGCAUUGAGAGAGGUUGGGGAGGCCAGGGCAUGGUUGGUUGCCUUCAGUGGACUGCAGUGAGUUUUGUUUGCUUUUCAUCACUCCACCCCACUGGCUUGCAAUCCCAGGUCUAACCUGGGUGCCCUUUUUCCUGACCUGGAAGCUACCUCUCCCAAUUAUUUCAUUGUGCUUACACAGAAGCAAGGGGGAAUUGCUGUGCAUGUGAACCUCUCACUUCAUAUACCCAAGGGCAUUGUAAACAAGGUCCAGUGGUGGUGGUGAACAUUGGCACAAAUUCAGUGCUGUAGAUCCAGAUGUUGUUGAAUUGAUUGGGCUUGGUGGGAGUUGGGAGCUUAACAACAUCUGGAGGAGUAGAACAGAACUGUGGGAAGGUUGUUUUUUGUUGUUAAAACCUAAAAUGACACUGCAGCUUCAGAAAUAGUAGUCUCUGUAUGUUGCUUUCAGCAUGCAUCCUGUUUGUUCCAAAAUACACCUCGGAAGAAACUAGCUGCAGGACUGAGAUGUUCCUAAGUUGUUUGUCUUCCUUUCCCUCUUUAGAUUAUGCUCAUCAUAUUAAUGUAACGGAUAUUGUUCCUGGUACAAAUGGGAGCACUAAAGGUAAGUUUCCAACCCCCCUCCCCUAAUUCUCUCUCUCUCUUUCAAUAAAUAGUAUUUACACUGAGAUUCAAAGCAUCUUUCAAUAUUUAAAAAACAUUAUUUUAGAAUAUAAAGUAAUGAAAGCAAACUGCUUAAAAGUGAUAGUUAAAAUACAAUAAAAUACUUUUAGAAUCAGAGGGAUGCAUCUCCAAGAGAUUUUAUGCAGUAGUUAGGUCUAUCCUGAAUGACUAACAUUAACCAAAAAUAAAAUUGGCUGAAUAUAGUAAAAUAUUGCAGAAGUUUCUUUCCCAGACUUAUUUAAAAACCACAUUAAUAACAAUCCUGAUUGCAAAUAGUAACUUCCAAAAACAUAAUUUAUAGGGUUCUGUGUUCGCGUCAAAACCUGUGUGAAAAAUAAUAAUCAAUUUGUCACUCCCUUCCCUCUCAAUCCAGAAAAGAGUUUCAUGUGAAAUACAGCAGUACUGUCAACUUUCUCUCAAAACAGCAACUAUUAUGCAGGCAAUGGAGAGUAAACAGACUUGCAAAAAUAACGCUGAUGACUCGGUCGUGUCCACUGGCUUUUCUGAAACAUGACCAACUGCUUUGUGCUUAAGGGCAUUGUAACCGGCUUGGCAUGCAGCCAGUGUGGGAUGAAAAGAUUUGCUCUAGGAAAAUUCCACAGAAUACUUAGUUAGACCAUGCUCUGCACAUAAAUCACAGCUGUUUACUAAUGGCAGCUGCUUGCCUCAGACCCCAGAAAUGGUAAUCUUGUACUUCACAGAUCACUGACUAAGGUCACAUGACAAUAGCAAGUUAGAGUGCUUUAACCUGAAUCUGAAUCAAUCACAUCUAAAGUGGGUGGGGACAGAUUGAAUGAGUAAAAGGAAUGUGCAGGUGAGCCGUACUGAAAUCCCUCCUUGCUGUUUACCUCUCUAUUGUUGGCACCCUUCUGUUUAAAGAGAGGGGUGUGCCUCUGGGGGAGAAGUCAAACCUCUGCAUUAGCAGCAAGGAUGUGACCUCCCUGGGCAUAGCCUCACAUAAAACACAACCUGUUCAGGGUAUCUGUUGGGCCAGCAUCUUAAUUUAAAAAAGGCCCUUAAACUGUGUGUUGGCUGCUUUGUUUGGCAUGUUCUCAUGUCAGCAAUACAUAGUCCAGGAAGAAAUUACACUGACAUGUGAACGCUGUAUACCAAUAGUUGCCAACUUUUUUGGGUCCAGGGGCACACGUGGAAUUUUGAGACUGGCUGAUGUCAGGGGUGUAGCUUAAUGCAGUGGCAUGUGGUCAGUGGACUAGGGGGACCAGGCUAUUUCCCUAAAUGUUCCUGGUAAAUUAGAGCAGGGGUCAGCAAGCUCUUUCAGCAGGGGGCUGGUCCACUGUCCCUCAGACCUUGUGGGGGGCUGGACUAUAUUUUGAAAUAAAAAUAAAAAUGAACAAAUUCCUAUGCCCCACAAAUCACCCAGAGAUGCAUUUUAAAUAAAAGGGCACAUUCUGCUCAUGUAAAAACACCAGGCAGGCCCCACAAAUAACCCAGAGAUGCAUUUUAAAUAAAAGGGUGCAUUCUACUUGUGAAAACACGCUGCUUCCCGGACUGUCUGCGGGCUGGAUUUAGAAGGCGUUGGGCCGGAUCCGGCCCCCGGGCCUUAGUUUGCCUACCCAUGAAUCAGAGUAUUAAAGCCUCGUUCUCAAAGCCCAGGUGGCAUCUGGCUGGCUUAGGGAGGCAGAUGCGAUGCUCACGUGCUCAACUUUGGAAUGUCGCAAUGUCACACGUGUGAUGUCGCCCCACCCCCAUUGCCAUCUCAAGUUGGCACCUCUGGCCCUAACUGUUCCCUUAUGAAAAAAUUCACCGCAUGCCACUGGUAUAAUGCAAAAUGGCUGGCCCCUGCAGAAGGGCAGACUUUCUUAAGAGAAGCAAAUUCCUUAGAUAUUCCUUACGUUGUUUUCUGCAAAGUGCUGAGGCUUGUGGGUGAGUGUGAAGAGACAACAUACAGGUAUUCCGCAGCCAAAACAGCCAGCUGUUUCCGUAAAUCACAAAUGUGGAAUCUGACUCUCUAAAUCCUGUUGGACUCAAGUUCCCAUCAGCCCCAGGUAGCAUAACCAGUGGUCUGGGAUGAUGGGAACUGCAGUCCCAAGAUCUGGGACUUAAAUGGAGAACCCAAGUGGGUUGCACUGUUUAUCCCUAAGUCACACCACAGUAGGCAUCUUACUCAUUUUGAUGUUUAGGCUCUGAUUUCCCCUGCUUGUUAUGCUUUCCUUGAAGUAAACAACUGCUUGUUUCCCUUUUGGUUCUACAGUAAUCUGCCCAGGUGAUGCAGGCAAGGAAGUACCAGGAAACAGAAGCUGGACGCUUUCUUCUACCAAUGAUUCAGGAUUUGAGGAAUUUGAACGGCUAUGGAGCAAAUCGAAAACGGUCCCUCUUUACCUGGGCAUCCUUGUUCUGCUAUUGAAUUUCAAGUCUCCCUCUUUCUUUGCCAAAUUCAACGUCUUAGGUAGGCAAUGAUUUGACUGGAGAAUGUACAGUCUGUGUUGGGGCAGAAUGCCUCACAGCUACCACAAGACCUGAAAUGUUUCCCUGUUGGAUAUCCACUGUUUUCACUUAAUCUGUUAGUCAAUAUUGCAUCAUUUUCCCUGGACUGAGGGUCAGGCUACACAUUACACAACAGAUCUAUGAUCAGAUCUCUCCCAAUGUCUUUUGUAAAGCUUAAAACAUGGGUGGGCAAUCAUUUUUCUGUUGAGGGCUGCUUUCUCUCAGGGAUUGCAUACUCAUGGUGGGCAAGACUGAAGCCAGCAGUGGGUGGAGCCAGUGCCAAAAGUAGACGGGGUCACUCUUUCUCUUCGACCUGCCGUGCUAAAUAGGCUGUUGGAAGAUGGGCACAUCGCUCUUCCAGUACCUUUUUAAUGCAAGAAGCUUGUGUUUAAAGGCAACCAGUUGUUUUUAUUUAUCCUUUGCUCUUCAGGAAAUUCAUUUCCCAGAACUUCAGGGUUUAUAAAUUUCAUUCAGGAAUUCUGUUAUUUUCUCUCCCUCUUUUCCCCACCCUUUUACAAAUUUCUUAGAUUUAGAGCAGCCAAUAAUAAUAAUAAUAAUAAUAAUAUAAUAAUAAUAAUAAUAAUAAUUUAUUAUUUAUACCCGCCCAUCUGGCUGGGCUUCCCCAGCCACUCUGGGCGGCUUCUAACAAAAUAUUAAAAUACAGUAAUGCAUCAAACAUUAAAAGCUUCCCUAAACAGGGCUGCCUUCAGAUGUCUUCUAAAAGUCUGGUAGCUGUUGUUCUCUUUGACAUCAAGUAAACUUGCAUUAACAUGAUUUUCUGACCCCCUCUCCAUGUGUUCUCUUGUUUGAACCUGGCUGAAUAAGAUGCAAAAUAAUUUUAUCUCGGUUGCAUUAAUCUCAAAGCUGAUUUGCAGAUGAAAAACAAAACACAGAAAAGGGCAAGUGAAGAGGGAAGGAUCGGAGGCAGGGGAGAUGUUUUGGGUUGGUCCAAGCUAGAGAUGGAAAAACAAGACUUUUGCUCCUACUUAAUUUAAAUGUAUCUGAGUGACAUGUGGUUUUCCUCCUUCCCUUAUUGCAGGUACCGUUUCAGUCAUCUACCUAGUUAUCCUCGUUACUGUGAAAGCUGCUCUCUUGGGAUUCCAUUUAGAAUUUGACUGGUUUAAAUCAACCACGUAUUUUGUACCAGGUAAACUUUUUUAUAUAUAUAAAACAGCCAUCAGUAUUGACUUUAAAACACUCCAUUUUAAUCAUUUGAUAAGAUGAAAGUGGUUUCAAAUGUAUUCUUCAGCCCCUGUAUAUAAUUCUUCUUGAAUUGGUUACCAGUACAGUGUAGGCUACUAUAUCACUAUUGGAAUUGAUUGCAAGAAGCGUAGAUUGAGUUGGAACAAUAGAGUGUAGGUGACCAUUUAUGCACUGGCCAUUUGCAAUUUAUAAGAGCCAUUAACCAAGGAGCAAAAUGCUCAAGCAUGCCAUGCAGUUUAAAUAAUUUAAAUGAGGCCUUUUAAAAAAAUGGGGAUUCUCUGGGUGUUGUCAGACUCCAACUCCCAACAUUCAGGCCCUUGGCCAUAGUGGCUGGAGCAGAUGGGAACUGGAGUGCAGCAGUAACUAGGGGACCACAGCUUUCCCAUCCCUGAUUAUAAUUUAUUGGUCCCAAUAUCAUUCUGUGAUGACUGAUCUCAAGAAUAACUGUAGUACUUAAGAAAAAGAAAUUACAUCAGUACCUAGUGCAAUUCUUGUUGCAUAAUCCUUACAACAAGCCUGUCUGGUGGGCUGGUAUGAUCACCCCCUAUUACAGGUGCAAUAAUUUUAGUGUAAGCAAUUGAGGUUUGACUAAAGCCACCAAGCAAGUUUCAUGACUGAACUGAUUUCCCCUCCCACCAUCAAGUGCUCUUUCAUUUAUGCUCUUAAGCACUUUGCUUGCACCAGCCCUGCAAACAUCAGGCCACCAGAACUUCCACACACACCAGGGCCCCAUCUGCUUUGUUCUCACACCUGCAUCCGUAUAUGGCUUUUCCUCUCCUUCAGCUUCUCAGUUCUGCCAAAGGAGGUGGAGGGGAGAGGGAUUGACUACGGUAUUUGAAUGGGUAGAGAAUUCCUUUCCUCAUUUGACACAGUCUCAAUUCAGGAAGGACAUCAGGUGGAACAAGGGCCUCUGUGAUCUGUGUGGGACCAACUAGCCCUAUUAACCUUCUUGCCCAUAGUGAUGCCUAGGAUGAUCAUUGUGGGGAGGAAGGAGAAGAGCUCCAUCCAAGACUUGGCAACACUUUCAGGGUCUCCCCCCUGCAGCUGAAUCUACUCAGAUGUGGGGAAAUGGUUGCAUAAGAAGCACACCCAGGUCUGACAAUUCCAGAGUGAUUUCAGCACUGCAUGAAGGUUGGGUUUUCUGGCCAGAGGCUGUGGGUGGGUUGACUUUUCCAGCUUGCUAGCACCUGGAGCUUGCAUUGGCACUAGUCAAAAUGCUCUUGAGGCCAUUAGCCUCUUUUUCUUCCUCCAAAAGCCUUGUAAUGAGGCAUCAGGGACCUUCACUAGGAGUCUCAUUCUGCUGCCAAAAAAAAGAGCUCUGAAGAACUUGCUUUCUUCAUGUGGUGUCUGAUUAGAAUUAGGUACUCUUUUCACCUGGGGAAUCGUUAAUGUCGUUAACAUUUAAUUAAUUCUUGCUAGAGGAAGUAGAAACACCCUUUCUGCCCACUCCCCAGUGAAUUUCAGAGGGGUACAGCCCCACCCUACCCUGGUAAUGCAUUUGAUUUAGAGAACAGUUCAGCUGUUCUCCAAGUCACAAUAGAUCAGUCAUCAUAAACCCAAGAGAACUUCUGGCGACUGUUUCCAACACAGCUUUCCUCCACAGAAGAACACGUGUGGAAAAUAUUGUACGGUGGUACCACUGGUUACAUACUUAAUUGGUUCCGGAGGUCCGUUCUUAACCUGAAACUGUUCCUAACCUGAGACACCACUUUAGUUAAUGGGGCCUCCUGCUGCUGCUGCACCGCUGGAGCACGAUUUCUGUUCUCAUCCUGAAGAAAAGUUCUUAACCCGAGGUACUAUUUCUGGGUUAGGUCUGUAACCUGAGGUACUACUGUAUAAGAAGUCCCUGUCCAUGUUCUAGUGAAUGGAACUAAUUCUAUUCCAACAUCGUCUUCCAUUGCAAAUGCCAUUGUCAUAAGUUUGUUUAUCUGCAAAACUUGCAUCCUGUACUUCUGUCAGAAAACCCCAGAACACCUGCUGCAAAUACAUACAUAAAGCAUAAUAAUAAUAAUAAAAUCACAUAUGUUGUCUUCUCACUACAGAGGCUAAUAUUGCCAUCUUAAAAGCCUGCACAAAAAGCAGGUCUUCAGGGAGCGCCAAAAGCUAUGCUGCGUAUGGUGCGCCAAAUCACAGUGGAGGGAAUGGCCAUAGCUCAGUGAGAGAGAGCAUCUGCUUUGAAUGCAGAAGGUCCCUGGUUGAGUCCAUGGCAUUUCCAGGUAGGGAUAGGACUGUCCUCUAUCUGAAACCCUGGAAAGCUGCUGCUAGUCAGUGUAGACCAGGCUUCCUCAACCUCGGCCCUCCAGAUGUUUUGAGACUACAAUUCCCAGCAUCCCUGACCACUGGUCCUGCUAGCUAGGGAUCAUGGGAGUUGUAGGCCAAAAACAUCUGGAGGGCCGAGGUUGAGGAAGCCUAGUGUAGACAUUACUAAGCUACAUGGACCAGUCAUCUGCCUUGGUUUGAGGAAGCUGGUGCCCUUCUAGUCUUCAGAGGAAGGGCAUACCACAACUGGGGUGAUCUUGAUAAGAAGGCUAUCUGAUCCUGAGAUUUCACUUAAGGAACUAAGGAACUUAAGGAACUACCAGCAGGAUAUCAAGUCAUGGGUUAGAUUAUGUGUUUGGUUGAGGGGGGUGCAUUUUUACAGAUUUGAGGGGUUCCCCCCCCCUUACAAUUAGCAGUAUAAAAAUUUUAUGAGGUAAAUAGCAGAGUUCCUCUAAGGAAGGGAAGAAAAGAGCUAUGUUAAAUUGAAAGGUAUUACAGGAAGAAAUGUUUUAAACGGGGCCACUCAGGGAAACCAGACUGUAGGUGCGGCUGGCUGUGAGCAAGGAGAGUUUCUUUCUCAUCUUAAGUGUGAGCCCCACACAAAACACCACAUGAAAUCUAGUCUCAAGAUAGAAAACUGUACCUAUCCACCAGCUAUCUCCUCCUCCUCCUACCUGUUUGUAGUCAUUCAUUAAUUUAUAUUUCUGUCCUGCUGUUCUACCAAGGAACCCGGGGUGGCAUAUAUGGUUCCCCCUCCCCGCCCCCAAUGCCUUUUUAUCCUCAAAACAAACCUGCAAGGUAGGUUAGUCUGAGAGAUGAUGACUGGCCCACGCUCGCCUGGUAGGCUUCAUGGCUGAGUGGGAAUUUGAAGUUGUUUCCUCUGGUCCUAUAAUCCAUUACUGUGCCCAAUCUAGUCCGUAUACUACGCUGGGUGUCUCAGCUGGCUUGCCCCAUAACAACAUUGGCAGGAAGUGGAUAGGAGAAAAGCCCUUUCCCCCCUCAAUCCACUCUGUGAUGGGACAGAAUACAUGAGGGAAAUAAUUCUCUUUUUCCCAGGUUGAUUUCUCUUAUCUCUCUCACACAUAUACAUCAUCAUCAUCAUCAUCAUCAUCAUUAUUAUUAUUAUUAAUUUAUUUCAGUGUUCUAAAGAGGGUAGAAAUUAGUAUAUGAACAUGUUCCACAAGUUAUUUUUCUGAAGUCCUCCCACUCAGUUUACUUGGAGAGCGAGCCAGGACAGAAGCAGACUGGCCCAACUCCCUGAAGGCCACGGGGCUGCAGCUGUUGAGGAGAGAGAGAAAGCACUGCAUGCCUUUCUUCUAUUAUGUAUAAACUUUAGCGCAGUUAAAAUACUAUUUAACAAAUGCUUUCUCUAAUCUACUUUCAGUAUUCUUGUUUCCCGCCUUUCUCUCUUUGUGUGUCUCAAUAUAGGAAGGAAUGCUAAGGGGCUGUCUUCAUGCAGGCAGUUGCCCCCAUGGUGGCCAAUUCAGAGGCAACCGUGUGCACAUAGCAAGGUUAAAUAUGUGACAUUUAUUAUCCCACCAAUACAACCACCUCCUUUUUGUGGUUUCAGUUGAUAGGGAGGCAGCGUUGAAAUGCAAGAAAGCUGGCUUGUGCCGUUGUCUGUCAGGCUGUGCACUUGCAAGAGCUGAUGUAAUUUAGUGACCACAUAAUGUGAGCUCCCAGCUCAAAUGCUAUGAACUCGCUAAGCAACUUGCUCUCUUUCAGCCCCUCCCAGUGAAAUGGAAAGUUAAACUUCCAGUUUAUGAUAAACUGCUUCCCCCCCUUUGCGAAGCUCAGGGUGCAACAUAAAUUAACCUGUCAAAAAUACUUUCUCCUUUUCAGGAGAAACUUGGAAUACUGAUUUGUUGAGCUUACCAUGUAGAAAAAAAGGAGUUACAGUGACCCAUUUUUUUUGUCAGUCAUGUCCUGUUUUAUAAUUUAAGUUGUACAAUUUUGUAACAUACCACCAUUUAGAGAAAUAGAGUAUUACAAAACUGGGCCAGAUUUAUUACUGCCCCAUAUAACAGUGAGUGCCUCAGCUUUAAGUGCUUCAAUACAGAUGGCAGAACCUAAAAUGGUUCUGUAUUCCUUUUCUUUUUGUAUAUUUUUUAUAGGCAAUGGACAAAAUUCAUAAAACUAAGGUCAUUUCUCAUUAAAAGAAAAAAGAGUUGCUGCUUGCUAUAAUGCAAAGCAUAUGUAACUUUGACGAAUUUGUAAGGAGUCCACACCGAGAUUCCGGAUUUGCGGUUUGGAAAAUGUUUCUCCCCUCUUCUCCCAUCCCCUAUAAUAGUGUAAAUAAUGGCGCUAAAAAGGUUUCCUAGUCAAUGGCUGACCUUUGCGGUAAACAUCAUUUCCCAUCCAAACAAUGAAAUAUGGAGUGAUUGAGCUUUAGUUUGACAGCAGGGAUAGGAAAAACCAUUUGCGCUGCUAGAGAGAUGCGCACUCCUCUUAGUCCUCUUUGGUAAAGAUCCAAAUAGAAAAGAUGCCUCAGGGACAAAACAGAUAACAAGAACAGUCGCAGACAAAUAGCUUGCGCGGGCCACAGUUCUCUCUGGCAUGCAAACUCCAUGGAGAUGGUCCAGUUUGUGCCAUAUGCAUAUUCAUACCUGAGAGAGUUCAUUUUACCUGCGACUGCAGUUGCAUCAAUUUCAGCUUAGCUUGAUUUAGCAUGCAGCACAGAGCUGUUCCCUGACAGCCCUCCAGAUGUCCUUCGUCAGAAAACACUGCUCAGAUUUUGCUGUUUACUGGCACACUUAAUCUGUGAAUGUUUAUAGUCUUCAUGGUUAUCCAAACAGAGCAGGGUAGCGGGUGGAGGGAAGAGGGCUGGAGAAUGAUGCAGCUUUGAUGAAUUGUUUGUGAAUUGGAACAGAUGUCAAGCCAAGCAAACUGCAUUUUGGUGAAUCCAGAUUUUUUUAACUUUAAUCAGACCAGUCCUACAAACUUUGCAAGUUCACCCCUGGCAUUCUAUUAGAUCGUGGGUGGGCAAGGUGGCUCAUCUUUCAACAGCCAUCCCUGAAUCUGAAGCAGGCAAGGCAGUUACCCCAGGUUUCUACCCAUUUUUAUGAAACGGAAAGAGCACACUGGACACAAUCUGCACAGCCACUAGGCUAGGGCAACAGUAAAAAGAAAAGGGUGGCGGUGGUUAGAAUAGUAGUCUUGGUGGCAGAUUGGUGCAUUAUUCUGCAUAAAUUUCCUAGGUUGUUGUUGUUGUUUUCCAAAAUACAGGCAUUUUGUUAGACAGUCUUUUAAAAAUGGUUUUUCUGGGUAGUUGUUUUUUUAAAAAAAUUGUUUUAAACCAUUUAUUUAUUUAAAUAACCCUGUAACCCAUGGUACGUCAUUUUCACAAUACAAAUGUAGCGGGAGAGCAAUCUUGGUUCAUUUCAUGAGUAGAAAAACAAUGCCUCUUAUUUAUCCCAGCAGGAUCAGUCCACAGAGUCCUAUUGGUGGAUGGUGGAAUCCCACAACCACCUUGUCCAUUGAAUAAAAGUAUACCAUUGAGCUGCAAAAUCGUCCUCAUAUUGAGCCAUUCUCAAAGCUCGGGCUUGUUUAGUUAGUAUUUCUGCCAAAAUGCUUUGCCAGAUGUAAUAAUACUCCCCCCGCCACCUACAAAAACCAAGCCUGCAAAAUGGUUGUGGCAUUUGUUGAAGGAGCUAGAUGAGCACUUCAGCGCCCAACUGGUACAGCAAGGAAAUGUUUAGCUGCAAAAUUAUAUUUCUGUUACUCAACAGUAAAAAACCUAAUUUUUAAAAGGUACAUAAUAUGAAUUGGGUAGUGAGAAGAAGAAACUAGUUGGUGUUUUUGGCUGUUCAAUGAAAAAUGGAAAGGUGGCACUCACCAAGAAGCACAAAAAACAGGGGAAUUAGGAUUAUUGAUGGUUAAAAUAUGAAACAGAACUUCUGAACGUUAAAAAUCCUUAUGUAAAAGUACAUGUGCUGUGGGAGCCAUGAAGUCAUGGCAAAGGCUUGUAGCGCCACCUGGUGCCUCGCUGACCUCAGUGACCUGCAUGUCCGUGCCUUGCAGUGUAUUAAGUGCAUAACCUUAUAUGGCGAUGGGCGGGUUUAAGCCAUGACCGGAUGUAGGUAACGUGAGACAUUGGCAAACGGCCAUGCAACAGGAGAGAACAAAGGAUAAUAAAAGAGACCGGUGAGGAGAGAAGUUCGAAAGGAGCUGCUCAUACCAUCCUGAAAAUAUUGCUGGCUCUCUGUGUCUUUAUUUUAUGCUAAACUGUGCCAUUUGUGACGGCUGGCUUCCGUCAAUGUGCAAAUUGGGUUUUUUUUUAAAAAAAGUUGAUAAAUUUGUGGCUGUUCAAGUGUUUAAAGCAGGAGUCAGCAAACUUUUUCAGCAGGGGGACGGUCCACUGUCCAUCAGACCUUGUGGAGUUGUGGACUAUAUUUGGGGGGGGCGGGGAGUGAACGAAUUCCUAUGCCCCACAAAUAACCCAGAGAUGCAUUUUAAAUAAAAGGACACAUUCUACUCAUGUAAAAACACCCUGAUUCCCGGAAUCUCUGCAGACCGGAUUUAGAAGGUGAUUGGGCUGGAUUCGGCCCCUGGGCCUUAGUUUGCCUAUGCAUGGCUUUAAAGUUUAGUAAACCUGUUAUCUUUUCUCCAUUGAUCAGCAUCCCCCUCUCAAAGCUUGCAUUGGCUGUCACUAACCACUAUGCCUGACACUAAUGCAGUCAAAUUUCAAAUAACAACCAUAACCAUAGCAGAACACUCUUGCGGGGAUGGAAUCAUAUUUUCCUAACAUGCAAACUGGGUUUUCCUGGGGGAAAGCUAUUUCCUUGUGAUAGAAGUGCUUUGUUAAAAAAAGAAAAAAGAAUUGUGCAGCAACUACAUAAUAUUUUUGUUCCCCCCCAUCCUCCAUAGAGACCCUUACACUCAGGGUUAGUGUUUCGCUGUUGAAUACCAAUUUCUGAACUUCAAAAUUCCCAUGCCUGAAUUAGUGUCAUUUUGCAGGCGGUGGAGUGGGGACGAAUAAUACGUCGCAGACCGUAAUGAGCGGUUACGAAUCCAUUUGGAUGAUUCUUACUUUUAGGACAGAAAAGUUGAAUUUAAAGUAGGCUAAAUGAAACGUGUUUUUCCCAUGCAUGUGUUUGUUGGUAAUCAAGAAGAAGGGAAAACUUCCAAGGGCAAUUAGGAAUACAGUAUCCUGGAGACAGAUGUGCAUUGUAUUGUCUUAAGAGGAGCCAUCUCCUUACAGUAAUAAGUGCCAGGACAGAGCUUUAUCGCAUUUGAGCAAGGGCAGAGAAACAGCAGGAACUCUGAAACAAAUGACCUUCUGCAGCUGACAUCAAAAGCAGCAAGCUAAUCCAAUAUAGAGCACAAAUGCUUAUUGGAAGGCAUUUCUCUGGCUCCUCUCCCAUUUGCCAAAACUGAUUAUAUCCCACCCUGAACCCAUUUGUUCCAUCAUGUAGAUUGAACGGUGUGUUCAGAGUGGUAAAUAGAACAGAGACAGUUAAAGGGGGUUAUACUGAAUAUACGCUUUUUAAAAAAAUGCUGCCUUGGACCUCCAUAUUGGAGGAAGAAUGUAAGUUAGACAUUCUGCUAAUGAAAGGAAUACAGGCUUUAUAUUUAAAAUAUACAAGGUGUCAGGUCCAUAAUUUCCCGUUUCCAGUCACUAAUUUCAUAGAAUCAUAGAAUUGUAGAGCUGGAAGGGACCACGAGGGUCAUCUAGUCCAGCCCCCUUCAAUGCAAGAAUCUUUUGCACAAUGUGGGACUCAAACCCAUGACUCUGAGAUUAAAAGUCUCAUGUUGUACCAACUAUGCUAUCAGUUUGAUGUUAAUUACCAACACAUUGUUGCAAUGUGAGUGGAUGGUAUUCAAACGGGGGUGGGGUGGGAUAUUAAACACAAAAGUUCCUCCCUCCUCUGCCCAAGAUCAGGAAUUGAUGUUGGUUCAAUGCAUUCUCUCCUCAUUCAGGUUCCCUUCGUAACAUACAGAAGUGUUUCCCAGAGUUUUUGAAAGUAACCCAGGAUAUCAAAUGACUUUUCUCUAGUGGUUUCAAUAUUCAGAAGGACAUAUGAGAAAACAUGUGUAGCCAAGGACCAUUCUUGAUCUCGUGGCACAGGAUUAAAGAAUUCAGUUUUCUGACAUCCUUCAAGCCUUUGUUGCAAUUCCUGAAAGAAGUUUUGAACAGUACAUUCUAAAAAUUAGAACGCUUUCAAGACUUUGUGCCAAUACUGCUGCUUCUUUUUUGUAACAUCUGAGCAAAUAUACCCAAUAAAAACAGUCAUGUUGGAGCAUUGGUAUUGCACAUGUGCUAUACUACACGCACACACGCACGCACACACACACACACACUUCAUAAAAUUUUGUGAGACCUGACAAUAAGCUUUCAAGUUAUAUUGAAAAGAAGUGCUUUAAUCCCUGCUUCAGUAGUUCCUUAUUUACUUCCUGCGCUACUGAAUUCGGUGUUUCAUUUUUCACUAUAGAUAACUUUAUUUUAGAUUUUCUCGACAGUCAGAGCAGAUUCAGGCCAUGCUCAGAUGCAACAACAAAACAGGGUUUGUUUUGAGCCUUAAGGCUACAUGCUUCCUUCCCUACCCCUAAAAUAAUUAAAGUACAGACGUACCUUAGAAGUUGAACGGAAUCCGUUCCGGAAGUCCAUUCAACUUCCAAAACGGUCAACUUCCAAGGCCUGGCUUCCAAUUGGCUGCAGGAUGCUCCUGCAGCCAAUCGGAAGCUGCGCCGGACGUGUGGCUUCUGAAAAUCGUUUGAAAACUGGCACAAUCACUUCCGGUUUUCUAUCGUUCAGGAGCCAAAAUGUUCAAGACGUACAGGCGUCUGGCUUCUAAGUUUACACUGUAUUCAUUUCUGCCAAUGAGCUGCAUCAGCACUCAGCAAAUGGGUGGUUUGCUCAAAUUUGUUAACAAAGCAAUUUGUAAAGCUGCUUGUUUGAUAUGUGUUUGGCUACUACCGUUCCUCACCCUUUUACCAUGCUUCCCCCUUGAAGAAAUUAUUGAAGUUUCUCCUAUAUGGCGCAGCUGGAACCUUAAAAUUGGCCACAGAACCAGGCCCAGGAAUCAGUAAAGUGGGAGAGCAGUGGUACCUAUUAUAGUGGUGUUGGCAGCCAUUUUGUUAAUUAUAAUUUAUUUUUGUUUCUCCAGAGUUCAGGACUCUGUUUCCUCAGCUUACAGGGGUGCUGACUCUGGCCUUCUUUAUUCAUAAUUGUGUAAUUACACUGCUUAAGAACAACAAGAACCAGGAAAGCAAUGUAAGUACAGCACGAGGGAUUUGUAUCUACAUAUAAUGAACCGCUCUUGUCUGAGCUGCUUUUGCAUACUAGAUGUGAUGUGCACAGAUAUAAAAGAACUCGCAUUCUUGGUCCUUUCCCCAAGAUUCUGCCCUGCUCCUUUAUGCUGCAUCGCUUGUGCGUAUCUUAACCGUUGGCUGGGUGAAUUGGUGGGGAGGUACAUGCAGGAACAACCUGUGCAUACAGCAAUUGGCUACUGUUGGGGUUAGAUCCACAUCUGAAUCCUGAAGUUGAGCCAUAAGACAGGGAGUAGCAGCAUGCAUAUUAUUUAGGUGAACGGAAUGCCUCAAAAGAAUUUGAAACGUAGAUGGAACGUGUUUUCUUUUCGCAUGUUCUCUCAAAUAGACAAAAUGGCAGCCCCCAAACUAAAAUGCAUGAACUAAAAUGGGUUGCAAACCUUUGCCAGGGUUUAACAUGGGUGGCCAACUUAUUUUGCUCUGAGAGCUUCUCUUAAUUUGUUCAUUUGCAUGAAACAAAGACAUCCUGCAUAUCCUUUUCCUGGGCAUGCUAGAUAACUAAUCUCCCCUAAUGCGUGUGCAGUCUUCUCAUUCUGAAAUUAUCAUCCUCAAGUCUGGGAAAGUUAGUAUCACUUCUAAAGAUAAGCUGAUAUAAACAGCCAAAGAGUUGAAAAAAGCAUUAGGAAAUGGGGCUUUACUGCGCUGGCCUUUUCCAUACUUAAAGCGUAUUUGUCAUUACGACUCUAAGCUAGCUUGAAGUUGUUAUGAAGGCAGCAAAAGAUAUUAGCUGAGAUAACUGUGGAGCAUUUACUGAUCAGGCAGGGUUCUUUUUUGCCCGUGAUGAAGUAUGUUUGGUUUUUAUUAUUUAUAUUCUGAGCCAGCACCUGUUCUGAUAAGUUAAUUAUGACUCUGGUUCCAUUUGUUUUUGGUAAUGCCCAAUUCACUUCCCCACAAAAAUUAGCAUGUUGGGGAAAUGGCUAGGUUUCUUCUCCUGGACAUCUUUGUGUAAGAAUUAUAUUUUUUUAGUUGUAUGAAGAAGUACUCAAUUGCAUGAGUCCCCACCUGAAGUCUUAAGUGGUAAAGUCGUAUCACUUAUUCUAUUGUUUGCAAGAACUAGGCUGUUAGAUGCUUCAGGUGUGUCCAUCCCACACCCCACACCCCUGGUAACAUGUUUAAACCAUGUCUUUGACACAGAUAAAAUCUCUACCAUGUUAUCCAAGGUCUCAUAUGGAGGGUUUAUUUAGCAAACUGAGCCAUAAGAUAGCCCUUCUUCAUCAUCCUUCUCUGUGUGGGGUGAGUGGGGAAAGAUUCAUCAAUAUAACAACCAGAAGAGUAUCCCGUUAAUAUGCUGCAGGUUUGAUAAGUUCUAUUGUGAAAAUCAUAGUUGUGCUCUGAGGUUGCACUUUUAUACAGUUUCGUACAAGAGGAUUUUAUAACAAUGAUUUUGCUCUGUGCCAGUUUCUAUGACAUCAUAAUGCCUCUUGAGGACUGGAACUGGAAAAAUCAUUGAACUGAGCAACAAAAAUAAGCAGGAGUAUAGAAUGCCUUCCAUACGUGGAGAAGCAAAAAACCACUGGGGUCCUUGAACUUAGAAAACAAAUGACUAAGAAGGGAUUUGAUAGAAGCAUAUAAACCCACAAAUGGGUUGAAAUGGAUAAAUAGGGAAUGAAAUAGUUUGGGUUUUUUACUUUGCUUUGCUUCAUGCUAGAAUUAAAAAGCACCAAAUACGCUUCAGGUUACAUACGCUUCAGGUUACAGACUCCGCUAACCCAGAAAUAGUACCGCGGGUUAAGAACUUUGCUUCAGGAUGAGAACAGAAAUCGUGCAGCAGCGGCGCAGCAGGCCCCAUUAGCUAAAGUGGUGCUUCAGGUUAAGAACAGUUUCAGGUUAAGAAGGGACCUCCGGAACGAAUUAAGUACUUAACCCGAGGUACCACUGUAUAUGCCGCCAGUUCCAACUUCUCCAUCCUUUGACCACACUGGCUCUUCUAACACUUUCAUAAACUACUACUAACAAUCAAAUGACACAGUUCUUAAUCUGUGACACGGUUCCAAUUAAGCUAGUGUGGGACAAUGGUGAGAGUUUUGGAAUAAGACUAGUGAGACCCAGGUUCAGAUCCAGCAAUGAAGAUUACUGGGUGACCUUGAUGAAGCGUUCUAGGUGACUUGGUGUAAUCCGCUUCAAAGGGUUGUUUUGAAGAUUAAAUUAGAUAGGAGCAUGCCAUAUAUUCUGGCUUCUCCUGCCCUUCCCUCCAUGGAAUUCAUAAAUGUAAUAAACAAGCAGGCAGGCCCAAGCCUGCUUUUUCUGUCUGUUCCUUAUAUUCUUUCAUACUCUUUAGUGAUUUGGGCCAAAUCCUGGAAGUCAUUGGUUUACAUCUAGUCUGUGAAGCUCUCCCGGUCAGAGUUUCCGACCGUGUCCACCUCUGAGGAAAACCUGUGUGGCUCAUGCCAAUUUCCCUCAGUUGUACUUGUCAAGGGGAUUACAAACAUUGACUCACAGACCUUUUACCAGCUACUUAUUUCUCCUCCUCCUCCUUCCUUGAUAAUAUAUUCUCCAUCUUAUAUCAAGACAAUACCUUCACGCUCCCUCUUCCUGCCAGGCCCAAGAGCCCUGUUUGUGGGUAAGGCAUCUGGAGAAUGUGUUCCAUAACCACUGCAGGGAUUAAGUGGGAAUCCUGCGUUUUAAGGCUGCCUAUGUAUUCUUCACAUUUUUAUUCUCUUUCCCCUUCCCUUUCUUCCCUUGAUUCCAUCUCCCAAGGAAUGCUUACACAAUGUAUUGGGCCAAAGCCAGCGUUUUAUGAUGUGUUUGUACAGUUCUUUGCAUGGUGGGCUGCUGAUCUGUGUCUGGCGUUCUAGACGGUGACACAAUACAUUGUAAUAACAACAGUCAAGGUCUGGUCACUCGGCAGGUUCACUCCUGUAUCCUCCAUCAGCCUUGUAAUUUUAAACAGUUGCCUGUGGCGAAGUGCAACGGCCUCCAGGCAAUGAAGCACAGGCGCUUUUGCUUUCUCCACCCUGCCACACUUUUCCCACCUGCAUUUCUUUCUUGUUCUCCCACUGUUCAGCUGGAAAUGCAAUGCUUGGGUGGCUUCAAGAGAGGUUUGGACAAAUUCAUGGAGGAUAAGGGCGAUCAAUGGCUGCUAGCCUGAACGGUGAUGCUUGAUCAGAGGCAGUACAGUGGUACCUCUGGUUACGAACUUAAUUUGUUCCUGAGGUCUGUUCUUAACCUGAAACCAUUCUUAACCUAAGGUACCACUUUAGCUAAUGGGGCUCCCCCUGCUGCCACACGAUUUCUGUUCUCCUCCUAGGGCAAAGUUCUUAACCUGAGGUGCUACGUCCGGGUUAGCGGAGUCUGUAACCCGAAGUGUUCAUAACCCGAGGUGUUUGUAAUUCUUCUGAAUACCAGCUGCUGGAAACCAAAGAAGGGAAGAGUUCUCUUGCACUCAGAUCUCGCUUUUGAGGGUUUCGCAUAGGCAGCUAAGUGGUCACUGUAAGAACAGGAUGCUGGACUAAAUAGGUCAUUGGCCUGAUCUUGUUAUGUUCUUAAUGUCAAGAGAGGAAAAGAAUGCUCUGGGAUUAGAUAUGUGCAGAUUUUAUAUUUUUUAAAAAUCAAUUUCAGUUUGUAAUAUAUAUAUUUUAUUACUGUUGAUCUUAUUCAUACUUUUUUAAAACAAAAAACUUAUUUUAGCCUUGACCUUUAUUAACUAUUUAAUGGGUGUUUUAAAUGUUUUGUAAAUUCUGGUAAAACAAAUGCUUUAUGACCCAUCCUGUUCUUCUGAUGGUAAAUUGUUUUUUAGCUAAUUUUAAUAUUGUAUUUUUGUAUUGUUUUGACCAGCCGUAGGACCAUAUAGUGAAGGGUGGAUAAGAAAUCCAAUGAAUAGUAGGAAUAAUAUUUAGUAGAGCUGGUGGUAGGCAAUCAUACCUCUGAAAAUAUAUUCACCAAGCAGGAAAUGUACUGUGAUUGUCUUGUCAAGAAUGCAGGCCCAUAGCUUCAGCUCUGCGUUCAGAAGGACUGAGGUGUCUCUAGUUAAAGGAACUUGGGUAUCAGGACUCAGAAUGACCCAGGAUCAAUUACUGAACGAACACUAUCAGGCUAAAUGGACUUGGUCUAAGCCUGCUUCACUUACGUCCAUAAACAUGCUUACAUAGUCAGGGCUGCUAACUGAAAACAUGUCUGAGGGUGAACUUCGACAGAAUUUGACAGCUUUCACCAGACACUAACAGACCCUGCUAUCUUGUUUGAUCUUUUGUUUAGUUUCUACCCCUCACCAUUGCAGAGGUAUGUUUAAAAACACGUAGGUGAUGUUUAAAAAGGCAUUUCUGUUUGGGGUUUGGGGGAUGUAUGUCUUCUGUGGCUGUAUAUGUUUGUUCCUUGCUCACAGCCACUAAUCAGUUUUUCCUAACUGUAUACUCCUCUUCCCCAUUACUGAUCUGCGUCUUCUCUUGCUACUACCCUGCUCAUUGCUACAAUAACAAAAUCCACAAUAAAUGAAGCAUUGAAUACAGUUGGACAGAACUUCCAAUUAAACAUGCAUGGGAUUGUGGCCUCUGAAUGUAUCCAUCUCUAGCAAAUGUAAAAUAAGCACAUUUGCUGCUGUGAGGGUAGUUUUUUUAAAAAAAUGAUUAAAAUGCACUAUUUGACUCCAUCCAAAGAGGUUUUUGUGGCAAGAUCUGUUUGUGUGGUGGGUGCUUUUAACUUAUUUUGUUUUGUUUCCUGCACAGCAAGUCUCUUGUGCUCCUUGUACAACUGGGGAGCUUUCUCUGUGUGCGUUUUAGUGUUAGAAGCAGCUUCCAAUAGGUUUAAUAUAAAAGUACAGACUUUUUUUUUUUUUACUUUCAAUACAACUCCUCCCAUCAUGAUUUAAUUAUUCUGUUAACAUUUACCAUUUCUUGUGGAGCUGUGUUCCUAUUCUACAUAUUACUGGAAAAUGUUCUUUUCUCAAAGUACCGUCAUUGCAUUGUAUCCUCAUAAUACUUAAAAUUAAGAUGGAAAACAAUAAGUUCUGGUCUCAUUUACCCGAAUGGAAAUGGGGAUAUUCAAAUCAUAUGCUUUCAUUAACUUUGGUGGUGGUAGGGAUAGUUAAUUUGAGAAAGGAGCUUCAUAUGACUAAAGUUCUGCCAAAUUACGCAGUUUUGUUAUGGCUGAUUUCCCCCCCUGCUUGUUUUUUUUUUUUAACUGCAGGUCAGAGAUCUUUCCAUUGCCUAUUUUCUGGUGGGUUUAACUUAUCUCUAUGUUGGGAUAUUAAUCUUUGCUGCUUUUCCAUCUCCACCAUUAUCUAAAGAAUGCAUAGAACAGGUAAGGAGGAACUUUAUUGUAUACUGACAGUGUUGUAAGCUGCAUAGAAUGGAUAUUGCUGCUUUCCUUGUUCUUUUUAGUUCCCUCUCUUUUCAAUUGAGAGGGACGCGGGUGGCGCUGUGGGUAAAACCUCAGUGCCUAGGACUUGCCGAUCGUAUGGUCGGCGGUUCGAAUCCCCGCGGAGGGGUAAGCUCCCGUCUUUCGGUCCCAGCUCCUGCCCACCUAGCAGUUCAAGUGCAAGUAGAUAAAUAGGGACCGCUUUAUAGUGGGAAGGUAAACGGCGUUUCUGUGUGCUGCGCUGGUGCUGGCUCGCCAGCUGCAGCUUCGUCACGCUGGCCACGUGACCCGGAAGUGUCUCCGGACAGCGCUGGCCCCCGGCCUCUUAAGUGAGAUGGGCGCACAACCCUAGAGUCGGACACGACUGGCCCAUACGGGCAGGGGUACCUUUACCUUUACUUUUUCAAUUGAUUCCGAUCUCCUUAGCAUAAACACUGCACACAUUUGAUGGCACUAAGCCAGAACUGUGGACAAGGGCACACAUAAAGCAACACUGGGUUUGUCUAGCUAAGGCUGCACUGAUAUGGUGGGAAAACACGUUAGUGCGGAAACAACACUGGGUUAGUUUCUUUAACUGUGAACGGAUUCUGGUGAUUACAUCUUGGCUUAAGAAGCUGAUAUAUGAACAAGCCUUUUCCUGGCGUGCCGUUACUUACCAGCUUCAGAGAAGCCACAAUCUUUUUUUAGUUAUUUUUUCUUUGGUUUUUAAACAACAAAAACAAACUUCAGAACAGACAUUCAAUAUUUUACUCUGAUUAGCCUGCCAAAAAUCCAGAUUAUAGCCCACAUUCUAGGCAAACCAGGAACUUAAACCACAGUCUGAAGUUUGUUUAAGUUCCCAGUUCAGAUGAAAUGGGACAGCAUGGCACAUUAAGACCUUUGGUUUAAUUGUGGCUCAUGGGAGGGGGAGGCAAGCAUGGGCAAAAUAUUCAUUACAUAUCUCUGCCUGUUCAGGUGAGAUACGAUUGUCCAAACUGGCUCACUGUCUAAAGUGAGACAACAGUUCCUAGCAGUAGGUCGAGUUUUAUAUGGGCACCUGCAGCUGCAAAUCCAGGAACAAAUCAAAUUCGUAGGUACCACAAGGGUUGUCUAGUCCAACCACCUGCAAUGCAGGAAUCCAAAAGAAUACUGUAUCUGAAACUGAAAAAAGUCAACAGAGGAAAUAUUAAGGGGAAGUUCAAAAUAGGAGGACUAUUGCUAGUCACUAUGUGAUUUGCCUCAGCCAAGAAAAUCCCUCCUCCUUCCUCUAAAUCAACUGUAAGACCUGAAGUCUGCAGCCUGCAGAAAACAAAGAGACCAAAAUUCACAUGCAUGGAGUUAGCAUAAUCUAGCCAGACAUUGUUGGACUCCAGCUCCCUUUAGCCCCAGCCAGCAUGGCCAGUGGCCAAGGAUGAUGGUACUUGUAGUCCAAAAUGUUUGAAUGGCAAACUGAUCUAGGGUUGCGGAAGACUGGUCUAGCCAUAUCCAUAGGUAUGGCUUCAAACAAAUAUCUGAGGUGGUCAAGAAUGGUUGGUUUGCUUUGGCAUGGCUGCUGUUGUGUAAGCAAGACCAUAACUUUCUGGCUUGUACUACAUUUACAAGAAAUUUCAAAGCAGGCAAUAGAUAAGGAUCUUGCCUCUUGUUUUGAGUUAGAACAGCCUAUUCUCACUAAUACUCGCGGUGCCAAACAAAUGGUCCCCAAAAUAGCUAUUUAUUUGAAUUCCCCUGCCAUCUAGAAAAAAAAUAAAGCGGCAAUUUUCACUUUGUUUUUAUUCAUAUGAAGUUGCGAUGCAUGUAUAGAGAAGAUGCAAGAAGAUACAUUGGAAUGGUUUUGUCAAUGUAUAUAUGCUGUUUCUAAUUCGAUCCUGAUUUGUGUAUUGGGAGCUAAAAUGGCAACACCACUACAUAUCUAAGUGCACUACAUAUGCCUCUUUAGCAGUUUAGUCAUGCCAGCCACAUGACCCAGAAAACUGGACAGAUGCCAGCUCCUUCGGCCUGAAAAGCAAGAUGAGUGCCGCACCCCAUAGUUGGCUUUGACUGGACUUAACCAUCCAGGGGUCCUUUACUUUUUUUAAAAAAAGUACAUAUGUACUGCUAGCAUAGCGUAUGAUACACCACUAGGACAUCUAUGGGCCUCGGAGUAUAAGAAUUUGCCCCAGGUAGUAACUGGAUAUUAUGACCUCCUUAUAUAUGGGCUCUAUAUUCACUUUUUAAAUUCAGGGAACUAAACUACUGUGACUAAUUGGGUUAUGUUUGGGGUGUAUGUGUAUGUGUAGGGACGCGGGUGGCACUGUGGGUUAAACCACAGAGCCUAGGGCUUGCCGAUCAGAAGGUCGCGGUUCGAAUCCCUGCGACGGGGUGAGCUCCCGUUGUUCGGUCCCAGCUCCUGCCCACCUAGCAGUUCAAAAGCACGUCAAAGUGCAAGUAGAUAAAUAGGUACCGCUCCGGCAGGAAGGUAAACGGCAUUUCCGUGCGCUGCUCUGGUCCGCCAGAAGCGGCUUAGUCAUUCUGGCCACUUGACCCGGAAGCUGUCUGCGGACAAACACCGGCUCCCUCGGCCUAUAGAGCGAGAUGAGCGCACAACCCCAGAGUCGUCCACGACUGGACCUAAUGGUCAGGGGUACCUUUACCUUUUUAUAUUCACUUUUUAAAUUCAGGGAACUAAACUACUGUGACUAAUUGGGUUAUGUUUGGGGUGUAUGUGAGUUCUGUUUGAGAGAGAGGGUUUUAGCUGGGGCAUAAGCAUCUCCAGUACAGGAAACCUAACAAAUAUGGAUGACGAUUGUAGCAUAGCCUGUACAAAUUGUAUACAUGAGAAUGACUGCUGUUGAUUUAGAAAAUCCUCAUGUGCAUAAUUGUGGAAGCAGAAGAAGGUACACACUAUAACUGUCAUUGUUGCUAUCUCAUUAGCCAUUUCUUCUGUCAGAAUUUUUUAGACAACUUCCCCAGUAAUGACAUCAUGUCAUUUCUGGCAAGAAUAUUCCUGCUGUUCCAGAUGGUGACUGUGUAUCCACUGCUUGGAUACUUGGCACGAGUUCAGCUAUUUGGACACCUCUUUGGAAAUGUUUACCCGAGGUAAAGACAGCUCUUUUUGCAUGCAUCUGCCUUCUGCCUGACCACGAUCACUGCCGUUCCUGGACACAUCGCUGCUUCUCACUUGCAUCCGUCCAGGCAGUCAUUUGGUAUUGAGUAAUAGUAGCUUCCCACUUGCAAUCCUUCUGCAGCCCAGGAUGCGAGUGGCGCUGUGGGUUAAACCACAGAGCCUAGGGCUUGCUGAUCAGAAGGUCAGUGGUUUGAAUCCCCGCAACGGGGUGAGCUUCCAUUGCUUGGUUGCUUGGUCCCUGCUCCUGCCAACCUAGCAGUUCGAAAGCAUGAAGUGCAAGUAGAUAAAUAGGUACCACUCUGGCGGGAAGGUAAACUCUGCUCUGGUUCGCCAGAAGCAGCUUAGUCAUGCUGGCCACAUGACCUGGAAGCUCCCUCGGCCAGUAAAGCGAGAUGAGCGCCGCAACCCCAGAGUCGUCCGCGACUGGACCUAACGCUCAGGGGUCCCUUUACCUUUACCUAAUAGUAGCUUCCUACUUGAAAUCCUUUUGCAGCCCAGGAGCUGCAUCAUGUUAUGCAGGAAUUGAAAAGAGGUAAUCCGGUACCUAUUUAACAUUAUCAAUGGCUGCUUUUGAGCCACCUUUCAGACACUUUAGGAGUGUCACGUGACUGGCAUCUAAACCUUCCUGGUACAAUAAGAUGCAGUUCCCUCUUUCAGAGACUGAAGCUGUUCAGUGUGGGACAGUCCUUGGUCCUACCCUACCCCGUCUGUCAAGUCUGCUUUAAAACGAUGCACGCAUCUUCAAACUUCAUUUGCUUGCCUUCAAUGUUAUGUCAUGCAAUGGACUCCGUAGUACAUUUUCCUAUCUUCAUCUUUGAACUCCAGCAUACUUCCUGCAGGACAGUCUGUCCUGAUUUUCAUAGUCUUUGCAAUUCAGAACCAACGUUUUCUUUUAAGUCCCAGAACUUGCAAAUGUGGAAACUGCUGUUUUAUAGCUCCUGGCAACAGAACUCCAGAAAAGAUGUAUAAAAACCAGAUAGCUACAAUUUUGGAGUGAAAAUGCAAUUUUUUAACUACCCCUAUUUGGCAAUAAGUUCAGAACCCAUCUUAGUUAUAUCUAAGGAAGAAUUAAGCAGUUUAUCCACUGCUCAGUAACACAUUACUGACAACUUAGUUUUGUUUAGAAACACAUUGUUCCUGGUCUGAUUCCUAAGUGGGGUCUGUCAACUGUCCAAAAGUUUCAGCUUUAUCGGAUGCCAAAUAUAUGCAUCUACUUCCUGAUGGGGAUGGGAUAACUGGAGUAUAUUACGCCCAUGUUUUGGCAUCUAUACAGGCAUUGUAAUGGUCUUCAGACUCAGCUUAGACUAAUGGGUAUGGAGGCUUUAAUGGCUUGGGGUCAGCUUUUCCUCCUCUACGUCCUAACCUAAAUGCUAAGGUCUACCUUACACUUAUAACCAGGCAUCCAAAAGGUACCCCAGUCCCCUACUGUAGCAUAAUAAGUAACUCAUAAUUAGCUAUCCUUACAUGGCACCCAAUAUCCGUUGCUCGAGGCAGUCACAGUCUAUGAUGUGGUGCUAUGGUUGGAGUGUAGGGGCAAUAUUUAUCUAAAUAGUUGUGCUACUGCAAGGAUUAGGGCUAGUGCAAUAGGAUGUCCCCCUCUCCCUCUGCGCUCACCCCACACCACCUCCCAAGAACCAGAGACUACCUUUGCAUUUUAAGAUGGGAACAGGGGAGGGAGUCUGAUUCUUUCUAAGUCUUAAUACAUUGCAAUAUUCCAAAAAAGUGAAAUUAACACCUUGGGAGGAAAGGUUUUUAAAGGAUAUGUUUCUCAUGUUCUGAAUUUGCAGAGACUUACGAAGCAACCUAGUAGAUUUUAUAUAUAAAGGUUUUUAUCUUUUAUUUAAAUAUCAAAACAUACCAUUUUUAAGCACAUGUCGUUCUAGGUUUCCUAGAAGUUUCUGAAUCAGUAUUUCAAACAAGUUCAUUGCUUUGCUUGCAUUCAGAGAUUGGUCUUGUUGAGAAUGUGAAAAUUCUUUCUAGUUAGAAAAAAAUACAUCUUUCCAGUUAAAGAAUUCAGAGGAGUACAAUAAACCUUCCCAUUUGUACCAUAAGAGAUCUAGUUUAAUGAACAUUGUUCCUAGUCAUGAACCUUGAAAAGCCAAACAUUUAUUUAAUCUAAGAAAAAAUGCUCAAGAUCUGCUUGUGUAGAUGCAUUUAGUGUAAUGCUUUCCACUCUUCCGAAGAUUCUUCCUCUGGUACUCAUUAGUCUGCUUGCUCAGCUCAAAUCAUUUCCUGGAUCGAAAGCACUGCUUUUCAUGUGGGAGUUCUGUUCUAGAGUCUUUGGGUUUGGAGUAGUUGCGGGGAUUGUUUUCAUGUUUUGCUUUUUUUAUAUUAAAAAAAAACCUGCGUUCAAAAAACAAAACAAAAAACCCACCACCGAACCCUUGGGGUGCUGCAUAUUCCACAAGCUACAUUGUUUUCAGAAGAAUUGCCAAAUCAUACAUACCCUAUUUGGGAAUGAGCUGGCAAGUCCAAGCAUUCAAGAGAACUUUUUAGGAUCUGGCACUCGGUGGCUUCAGUAGAUGUCAGGCUUGUUGCGGGUAGAAUUAAUUGCCUUUAGCAUAUGAGUCAUAGAAAUGGAAAGACUUUCACAAGCUUACUGAAGCGAGUAAAGAAUGUUGUUCUUGCAGCAACAACACACAAUGUAGAUGACUUGAUUUUCCUCUUCUCUUGCAGUUUCCUACACGUGCUGGUUUUGAAUAUAGCCAUGGUAGGAGUUGGAGUCGCGAUGGCUAUGUUUUACCCAAACAUAGGAGGAAUCAUAAGGUACUCCUGUAUUUUGCGUUUGGUCAUUAUGCCAUACAAAUGGCUUCCUGCAGGCAGGUACAGACUGUUGUUCAAAGUGCAGAUUGUAAGUUUGUAAUAGCAGCAGGCAAAGUCAGCAUUUGUUCAGGGAAGCCUAAGAAAACAAAGAAUCAUCAUGUCCUGUUGACAAAUGAGUAGAACGAGAAGGCAGAAUUUUUAAGUACUAGAGCAAACUGUACAAUUUCAGUCCAUUGGGGGAUAGGGGUGCCACUUUUAAUGCUCCCUAUCAUGAAAUAAAUAGUGCAUUAGAGAGUCAGGGAGGGAUGAAGCUUCUGUCCUUGCCAACUCCCUGUUGUGCUAAUUUUCUACUUGCAAGGAGCUUUCCACAUGCAGUAAUUUUCAAAAGCCUGAUUCGGCUGCCUGCAGUCGGACAUGGUACAGAGUCCAGGGGUCAGCAAACUUUCUCAGUCCACUGUCCCUCAGACCUUUUGGGGACUGAUUUUGAGAGGGGGAAAUGAACGAAUUCCUAUGCCCCACCAAUAAUCCAGAGAUUCUACUAAUGUAAAAACACCAGGCAGGCCCCACAAAUCACCCAGAGAUGCAUUUUAAAUAAAAGCACACAUUCUACUCAUGUAAAAACACGCUGCUUCCCGGACAGUCCACGGGCUGGAUUUAAAAGGCAAUUGGGCCGGAUCCGGCCCCUGGGCCUUAGUUUGCCUACCCAUGGUACAGAUCAUUCUGUCACUUCAGAACUCUAUUUUCUCAUUCCUCCCUAAUUCAGCUGCAUGCAUAGACGAAGCGUCACAUUGCAACUAUCACAUAGAAGAGAUUUACCGUGAAGCCCAUAAAGACAACCAUACUAGCUGGAGCCGGGCAACUCUUUUGCCCUGGUAUAGUUUGGUCAGCUGCAUCAUCCUCCCAGGUGGCCAGGUAGCUUUUGCCACACAUCUGCUUCAGCUGUAUAGUAAAGUAUAUGGUAGGAUGUGUGAUGAAAUGGUAAUCUGCAUGUAACUGGUACAACCCAUUGGCACACUAGCAUGAGUAGGUGAGGAGAGUCUCCCAAAAACUAGUACAAUAAGCCUGCAACAUAUGUGGGGAGUUGUGUUCUGGGGAUGGUGCCUAAACUGAAUGCACAAAAGUUACAUGCGCCCAUAUCGCGGGCUUUCUGUUCUUCGUAGCUUAUUUCCUUGGAUCUUGGCCAAGCCCUUACAGAAUCACUAUUGAAUAAAAUGGAGUUCGCACGAGUAGAGUUACAGUUCAAAACCAGCGGCGUUUUUCACAUUUUCCCAAUUGCAUAAGGCAGGGGUGGGGAAUUGCAGGCCUUGGAGCCGAAUGCAACCCUCUAGGCCAAUGGCGGAGCAAGCCGAUCAGGCGUCUGGGGCAGGGCCAGCCGGGACAGGACGCUCUGUGGGGCCUCUGAGGAGUCUGCCUGCCUCCUCCCACUCAACCACCCUACAGCUGAGGGGGAGGCAGCAGACUGACUGUUUGGGGCAGCACAGAGCCUGCGGGCGCCCAAGCCACCAUGUACUCCCAGAAGAGCCGCGUGGCUCGAGUGUGCUUCAGGCCCUGCGGUGAGUGCUGCCUGGCAUUUUGUCACCCCCCUCAGUGGUAACACCCGGGGCAUCCCACCCUCACCACACACCCCUUCCUCUGCUCCUGCUGUAGGCCUCUGUGCCUGCUCUCGGCCCUCCCCAUACCACACCCCUCACUGACCCUGCUCACCACUUCCUCCCUGAGUGUUUUUGCCUGGCUGGAAUGUGUCCCUUAACUCUGAUAAUGCCUCUUCCUAGUUGCAAUGGACUGUGUCAAAACUAGCCUACCGUACAAAGGUACAAUUUUACUUUUAUUGUCCCACCCAUUUUUGGCUCUGGCUUGGCCCACCACUGGCAUCUGGCCCUCAGAUGAUUUCACAGGGGUGAAUGUGGCCCUCUGUCUGAAAAAUGUUCCUCACCCCUGCUGCAAGGGAAGAGAGGGGCAGCUGAGAAGAGGAAACUGAAAGGAUUUUGCUGUAUUGUUCUGCUCAUAGCAGCCAUUUAAUAUUUAGACAUACUUCAACUGCUUCUCCUCUCAUUGUGGACUGAGAGCUGGGUUUUUUCCCCUACAAUAAAAUUUCUAAGGCAGAAAUCCUAUGCCCACUUACAUGGGAAUAAACCCCCGUAAACUGAGGGGAAUUUACUUCUGAACAGACAUCUAAAGGGUUGCACUGUAAAAGAUCAAACUUUGGGUUUUCCCCCCCUCCUCAGGUAUUCUGGAGCAGCUUGCGGCUUGGCCUUUGUAUUUGUGUAUCCAUCACUCAUCUACAUGAUCUCUUUGCAUCGGGAAAAUCGGCUGACGUGGUUGGCUAUAGUUGUCCAUAGUACGAUAAUCCUUCUGGGAGUGGCUAACUUAAUUGCACAGUUCCUAAUGUGAACAUAAAUCUUAAGGUCAGUUUCUUUUUCAAGAGAAGAUUCAAUAGGUUACCUUGAGCAACAGCAUUGUAAAAGCUGUGGACUGCCUAUCUGUGGGGGCCGAAUUCUUCCAAAGAAAAGCUGUACUUUAAAACAAAACGUCUCUUCAAGAAAUGGAUGGUAUACAUUGGAACACAUAGUACAGUGUGGCAAACUGAACAGCCCCAGUGAAUUUCUGAUGAAACAUCAAGUAGAAGUGCAAUUGGGAUUAAUUAAGCUUAAGUUCUUAGGUAAAUGCAUAUAUUUUUUUCAAAGGGAAAAAGGCACAUGAUAAACUUUAUAUAUAGAAACGGUUGGUUGACUUUUCUUGCAGCAUAAUAGAAUUAAGGGACUCUGCUGAUCUUAAAAAUUAUAUAUCAUAUUUCACACAGUGGUGACAUGAGUAUUAUAUGUCGAAACAAGUGGUUUGAAAUCCUUUGCAAGUGAAAUGUAGCACAGAUCAAAUUGAAGAACAUAACUUUUUAAAAAGCUGUAACUGUUGCCUUUUAGAAAAUGUAAUGUACAUGGUUCUUGAAAACGGACUGUUGCUGUACUAUACCUGGAUAUGCAUAAGAAUUCUUUUUUUGAUGUUUCAAGGCAAGCAGAAAUAUGUUUUACCUUUCCAACCUGGAAGGGAUUAUUUGUAAAACUCUCUAGUGUUUGUGAUUAGUACUUGAAGGCCGUUUCUAGGAAAGUUGACCUUUUUGAGCCAAAAUCUGGGAGGGGAUGGUAAGAUUAGCAUGCAUGCAUGCAUGCACAAAGAUUGGUCACAAUGCUCUUCCUACAUUUCCAGCCACAGUUCAGAGAACUAGUUUGACUUUUUAAAAACCUGUACAAUCCAAUAGUUACCAUACACUGAAUCAAGAGAUCUGCUGGCAGAAUGGCCACUGCACCCCCAGUUUGCUCAGCCCAGUAGGGGAGGAAGUAAAUACAGAAGAAGAAUCUAUAUGAAAACAAUUGAAAGUGGCAUACACAGUUGUACCAAUCCCAGAAGCCUAACUGCAGCCUACACCACCACUUGCAUGCUGCCUGUACUCAGAGGCUGCCAAAGAACCUGCAGCAAUCAGGGUGGAUGUCAUCAGCCUGCCUCCCAGCAUCACAGCACUCAACACCAGAAGGCACCUACUCCAGUAGCCCUAGUGACUCAUUGCCUAUGGCAUGGGCUUGGGAAGCAGGAGAUGGGAGUUUGAGCCUCAACAGGAGCUGACAUUCCCCUGUUCACCUCUUGCACACCUGGGGUGGGGGGGAGAACCAAAGCAAAUGUCAGGGGCAAAAGAGAGGGAGCUGUUGUGCAAGGAGCUGGGCACUCCGCUCACCCUUCUAAUAGUGGCUAAUGGCGAGGGAGCCCCACACAGCUGCUGCACAGUCCAGCUACUGGAUCCUCUGCCGAAGUGCCCCAAGAAGCUUAUGCACCUUGCCCUGCUGUCCAGGGCAGCAGAUGAUCAGCCCAGGGAGCUCACCCUUCUAAUAGUGGCUAAUGGCGAGGGAGCCCCACACAGCUGCUGCACAGUCCAGCUACUGGAGUCCUCUGCCGAAGUGCCCCAAGAAGCUUAUGCACCUUGCCCUGCUGUCCAGGGCAGCAGAUGAUCAGCCCAGGGAGCUCACAGAGAGGUGGGCAGGCUCCUAGGAGCCAGAGCAAAGAGACACAUUUUUUGCACCUCCUAGACCUGCACCCUCGGUGGGGGCCAAUCUAACCAACCCCUGCUUGGGGACAACCCUAUUCUAGGAAGGGGGGAAAGGCCUAGCCUACCGUAUCUCAACCAGUCACCAAGAGUGUUGCAUGAGCCAAUAGCCUGCUCCUAGAUGGGCCAACCAGCCUUUCUAGCCCACCCUCAGCAAGCCAUAUGACUAAUCCACUCUCAACACGUGGCUGAAUAGGAAAGCCAUGCCAGGUAACAUCCCAGCAGGACUCUUCCUCUUCAUACAAAGUUUGGGGAAUGAGAGAGUCUCUACCCCGAUAGCCCAUCGUUCCCUGCCCUCCCCAAGUCCCAGCCUGAGACCAGCUGAUGCCAGGGUGAAUUGCAUCCUAAAUAGGGUCUCUUCCCUCCUCUAUCUGUAUGAGGCUCUUCUAUAUUGACUAUUGAUAGACUGUGAGAGGGGAGGGGUAGUUGUGCCUGGCAACCAACCGGAAAGGACCUUGUACUUUUCUCUCUUCCUCUGCUGUGGGGCAGAAUGGCUGGCAGCCAACACACAACCUUCACUGCCAAGAAGAGAUGCUGAUGAAGGCCACUAACGACAUAUCGCUUUAGGAAGGGAUACAAAUUAAUGGAGAGAGAGGGGUUCUUUGUCAUGAUGACUACAUUCAACUUUCAGGUUAACUGCUGGAGGGUAGGAGCAGGAGAGAACUGUUGGGAGUCAUGUUCUGCUCAUGGGGCUCCAAGAGGCCCCUGAUGUGGCCAAAUUGGGGAACAGAAUGCUGAUGAUCUUUUGGUUCUGACCCAACGACUCUGUUUAUGAUUAUCUUACACUCUUAACAGCAGCAAGGUAUGCUCAAAGUAACAAGAGUUGGCUGCAGUUAUACUUCAUAUCUAGAUUCCUCUUUCACAAAAUCCAUUAUUUAAAGGACUCUGCUGGCGGAGGCCUUGUUAGUUUCAAUAGAGACUACACCAGUGUCAUGUUUUCAGGGUCCACAUGCCUGUCUUCGAGAGUAAAUGUCAAUGUGAUUAUUUUUUUUCAUAAGAUCCGGACUUUUUAAAGUGUGCUUAUGUUGGACACUUGUUGUGACAUGAUAGCAUUGAUGCACAUCCUGGAAAAGUUCCAAGAUUUCCUAGAUCAGGAAAUUCCCUAAAGUUGGGAAACUGCUUUUGUCACCACUCUAUCCUCUAUCUAUGCACUCUAUUUAAACGUAAUAGAACUCACAUAUACGUAGGUGGAAACUAGGGACAGAAGGUGUCUGAACAAGUGCCAGGGUUUUUUUUACUGGCACAAUCUGCUGCGCUGCGCACAGGAGGCAGUUGCUGCAACCUGGGACCUGAUUUUCCCCUAGUCCUCAAGGAGGCCUUCAAUUGAAGCAGGGAGCAAAUUAGCCAGUUUAUUGCAUAGCCUUGUAUGCACUAAUCCAGGAUUCUUAGGCAGUGCCAGCAGAUGGGGACAAACUCCCUAGUGCAGGCAUCCCCAAACUCUGCCCUCCCAGCUGUUUUGGGACUACAAUUCCCAUCAUCCCUGACCACUGGUCCUGUUAGCUAGGGGUGAUGGGAGCUGUCCCAAAACAGCUGGGGGGGGGCAAGUUUGGGAAUGCCUGCCCUAGUGCCACUGCCAUUUGGUUCCUUGGUUUGGCAUUGGUGUCUCUUCAAAGAAAUGACAUGAAACAAGAAUAUGAGAAACUGUAAAGAAACAGACAAUAAAAUAAACUGGUGCUAUUUUAAUGGUUUAAAAGUGUACUUUUAUCUUGCACGCAGAAUACAGUUUUGAUUUUUGUCAUGUAGAAUGGAAGAUGGAUAACUUGCGCACUGUUGUUACAUGUGCCAGCAAAAGAUAAGAAUACCUGGGUGGUCAUGUGUACUUUGCCAUUGUUGGAACACAUUUUACGCACGUGCGUUUUGAGAAGUUUGGUUUGCUAAGCUACAAAAAUUAAUAAUGAGGUUCUGUCUCUUGAGAACUGUACUGAAGUCUCAGCACAGCUGGGACAAACCAUAAUUAAAGGUUACCAGAUUUUGGAGGAUGCUCUUUCCAUUUAAGUUAAUGGCUGCUGAGUCGUUUUAGUGGGAGGGGGAAAUGCCCUCAAACUUUGCCUUUGUCUCCCACCCAAAGCUCUAAUAAUUACCCAAUUAUAAUUUCCUGAAAGGGGCAUUUAUUGCAAGUAAUUAAACAGCAACCUCUAGGUUAUAGAUGUAAGCAAGCUGAGCAAAAAAAGCACCAUUGAUGCUAUUCCAGCCAGUCCUUUUACUGCAGCUUCUUUGUGAUAGAGCUAAAUGCUUUGCAUCUUAAUUUGACUGGGAUAACCAAAUCAGUUGUACUUUGGGCUUAAGAAUAUGAUCUACUGCCUGUUUUGUUUAAGAGGUUCCAUCUGCUGCUAAAAUCAUGUGUCUUUUGUGCCCUUUUCUGAUUCUCUCAAUGACCAGUGUUUCCUCAAAAUUUGACUGACAAAUACAUGAAUGUGGGAGAAGGCGAUCUACUGUAUAUUUGGGGAAGUUGUUCGCUAUACAUCUGGAGACCUCUUAAGAUAAUUGUAACCAAGCGUGAAUGGCUCCUCCCAAGACUGAAGAGCAGGUUUUUGUCUGUUUGGUUAACGUUGGAUGCCACUUCAAAUCAAGAUGGCAAACUGAGUCCUUCAAAACUGCACUGCAUUUUGUUGGUUUCUUAAAAUUGCUGGUCAGUGUUGUACACAAUGCUGCUGGCUGACUAAAAACUGAAGCA